UAACAAAAUAACAUCAUAAGCUACAGAAUAAAAAGAUGACAGAAAGCGCAAUGGGUGUGAGGUAAAGCCAAAACAGUAAUGUUAGCAAUGAAACGUGAGCCACUAUAUGUAAAAUAUUUUUCCCAGGUCUAAGAACGUAAGGAGUCUGUGAAAUUUAAAAGUGCUGAGUACAAAUGUAGUCUGGAGACAUUUAUGCAUCUUGCCAAGAUGAGGCAGACGUCCCACUGCUUAUUAUUAUUUUAAAAUAAUAGUAACAAAGAGGGACGAGUCCUCUCAAUCUGGCAGAACACAGAAACACCACUCCUCUCGGCUCUUUUACACCCAGCACUACUUCUGCUCUCUUCAGAGCUGCUUCCGGUGGUUUUGUCCAGACGACGGAGAUGUGCAGAAUAAUUUCCUCUGGCGGUGAUGAUGAUGAUGAUGCGCAACGCCUGUCUAUCCAGCCCGCGCACUGAGAGGACGCUCCAGCCGAUAACGCCUCGAGGCCUUUGAAGGGCUCUUGCUCAGUUUCCCCAGGUUUGCAGCCGCUGUAACUGAAUCCCGUUUCCCCCUCUCUUCAGCAGCCCGGCCGGAGCUUCUUUUCUUUUUCUUCCUCCCUCUUUCUCUUGCCGCCCCACCCACGCGUCAGCCUUUGGCUGGCCCCUGGGACGGAGGGGAAGGGGAGGGGAGAGGAAGGGGAGGGUCAAUUCUGUUUCUUCCCCCCCUCCAAGCACGAAAAGGUGACGUCAUUAUCCGGGCUCUCCGCGGCGGCGCUCUUCGCACCGCGGGUCACAAUGGAGCCAAAACCGAGCCCAACCGAAAUGAAACGACCGUGCUAGCUGCCCCCGCCUCAGUGAGCGCGGCCUGGCCCAGCUUAAGGCAGGCCCCGCUCGGCCGCCGUCGUCGCCCGUCCCUCACCGACGCGGGCGCCGCUCCGCCCCCUCCCCCCCCACACCAGGGAGAAAGCCCCCCCUCACACACAUCGCCCCCUCAGCAGCAGCGACCCCCGUCCUCGCUGCUCUCCGCCCAUACAAGGCAAGGCUUAAACUGGUGCCUGCUCAGCCUCGGGAACACGGAAGGGGGGCAAGUGGGAGUGACGGACUGCCUGACACGCAGGAAAGGGAGGGGGGUCACGCUCGCCGCCGCGGACGCUGUUUGGGUGGCGGGGCCGGCGCCGCUGCGUUGAGUCGGAGUCUGCGCCGCCGCCGCUGCUGGCCGAACCCUGCUAGAGCCGCCAUAUUGCCCGGGACACAGACACACCGUCUCCGCCGCGCCUGUGCCUCGCGUCGCCGCUGCUCUCCGUCCCCUCCUCUUCCGCAGCCGGGCUCUCCUCCGUUGCCUCGCCGAAGAGAGGAGCCCCGUCUCGUCGCCCCCUCCCCGCUCCUCCUGCUCCCCUGCCCUCCUCCGAGGCACUAGGCGCAUAUCGGCUCCUUCGGACUGGGAGCGACGGAGCCCCGCAGGCCCAGCCCAGCCCGAGCUUCCUGGCCGAGGCAGAGCGCAGCGGGCUCGGGCCUUGCCUCUGGGCGCCCAGCACUGCGGCCGUCGCCGGGAAGCGGCGGCCCCACCGAACAGCUGGUGACGCAAAACUAAAAGGGAAGGGAAAGGAGACUCGGCCCAGUUCGCGGCGUGUCGGGCGGCUCCCUGGGAGCAGUAGUAACGGCAGCGACUCGACUCCUGCCCGGCAUGAGACACAGCCCCGCUGGUUGCUGCGGCUGCAGCCGCCUGGGAUGAGAAACUCUUCAGCCACACCCGCUGCAGCCUCCUCCUCCUCCUCCUCUCAUCGCCAGCAGAGCCAGCGGCGGCGGCGGCGCCCGGGAGCGGAGCGGGCCUCGGCACUAGCGCGAGGAGCAGCAGCGGAAACAGGGGACGCUGUGUGGGGGUGAGCGAGCUGGGGAAGGCGCUGGGGCUGCCAUGGCCGGCGGCGGGGUGGGGGGCUGGGAGGAAGGGGGGCCACGCUGUGGGGAAAACAAGGGGGCUGAACCGGCGGGGUGGGGGCGCCUCGCCGUGUGUGUCAGCGUGUCUUGGGGGGUUGGGAAAUGCCUGCCCGUGCGUGUGUCGGUGUGUUUUGGAGUGAGAAGGGAAAAUGGCUGACGACUCAUUCUCUCUGCCCGGCCUGUCCUGGGCCUUGCGGGAGAAUGGGGCGCGCACGCCCGGUAUCCGCAGUCCCUGGGAGGGGGAAACACGGCCCCGCAGAGCUGGCCGGCUUCUCGCCUGACCCCCUUUCUCAAGUAGCCGGGGGAACGGGGCGAAGGAGGCACGGCGGAGGGAAGGGGCUCCCGGCACAGCUUCGCCCGGCGUUUAGUUCCUUUUGAGUCUCGUUUCACUUCACGCCAAACGCCAUUACUGAGGUGGAGUGAUUGGAAUCGUGUAGGCCUGGGCUACGCCAGGAAAUAAGGCCCUGCUCAAGCUCUUUCUUUCUAAUUCCGGUCUCAAACCGCCAGGCCCAGCGCAUUCGCAUUCCUUGUAAACAUUAUUGUCAUGGGCGCAGGUGGGCUGUGUCAUGGCUGCACUCCUGGUUUCCAGUAAGGCCGUCGUGUUGCCGGAUAAGCCCUCAGAAUUCAACACCCUUUCUCCGUUAGGUUCCAGAAGGUUAUAUUCUGGUUCUUUGUGUAGUCCUGGUGGUUUAUAACCCCUUACAUUUUAGUUACUGUGCAAAAUAUGCGUUAUAAUUCACAUUAUCUUGUUUGUCUUUUUUUAAAAGACCUUUUUUUUCCAAACUCGGGAACGUAUCUCCUAGAUAUCUUGUAUGAAUAAUCGACGUAGUGCCUUUUUGAACACAGGCUUGCUUUGUGAGAUGCUUAAGCAUUUUUAGGCUGCAAUUUUACCUUGAUAUAAUUAGCGUCUGGGCUCCCAUUGAUUUUAAUGGAGAGGUGUGCAGUCACAGCAAAUUUACUUGAUGAAUUUAGUUUUAAUGUUAUUGGGGUAGUUAUUUUCAGACCAUGUACAAAAUGUGUCCUAAUGUACAUAGAUAAGGGACUGGAGAGUUACAAAUCUAUAUACAAUUGUGACUUAAGCCCCAUUGAAUUCAGUGGGACUUCUGAAUAAGCAUGCAGAGGAUUGGGUGACAUAUGCAGUAAAGAAUCCAAGGGGUCAUGAAGAGUCGGACAUGACUAAACAACAACAAAGGAUUUUCAAGACACCUCAAACUUGACUCGCACAACAGUCCUAUGCAUGCUUUCUUAGAAGCAAGCCUUACUGAGUUCAGUGGCACCUACUCCCAGGUAACUGCUUAGGAUUGCAGUCUUAAAAGACAUGCAGUAGUGUGCUGUUCUUUCAGCAUCCUAAUUUUGCCCCGUAUAUUUAACAUACGAUAUUGAUACAAAUAAUAUUUGAAUGGACUUCAACACAGACUUCAAAGUGGGGGGGUGGUUCAAUACAGUUGUCACUAUCUGCUGUGUGAAGACAUGGCCCCAAUAUCAUUUAAGUUCAUCAGGUUUUUGUAUGAAUUGUGCUGCAACUCAUGCUUGCAAAUGUCUUCUAAUUAUGUUGUAUUUAGCUUUUAUCAUUUAUAAAAUGUUUGGAAGAAUGGGUUUUAAGUGUGUUCUGGACUUAAGAGUUUUAAUAAUAUGUACAUCACUUGAGGAAAUUGUGGAUAAAACUUAGAAAAUGCAGAUUUUAUUUGGUUGAUUUGCACAAAAGGCACAGGGUGGUUUACAAGAAAGGAGAUAGAUUAAAAAAACACAAAAUCCAUAAACAUUACACAGUCCUUUAAAAAAAAAAGGAAUCACUGAAUAUCAAUUACUAAUAGCAGCAAUCAGCUUUAAUAAUUUCUGAAGUUAUUUGUGAAAUGCUUUCUCAUUCUGCUCUUUGAAAUCUCCUAAAGUGGUUAAGAACAUUAUUUUGAAAAUUAGGUUCAACUAGGUAUUAGAAUAUGAAAAAAUAUUUUCCAUCACAUUUGGAGCUAAAGGUGACAUAUAACUGAAAUUUAUGAAUUGUUUUGAACAAAAUUAUAUUACUAUAAUGUGGAAUAAGUUGCAAGAUAAUUUUUUCAUGUGUUGAUUGAAAAAAUUACUCACACUUACCCUAAACAUUUUUACUUGGAAGCAAAUGCCAUUGAUUUUGAAUUGAGACUUUCUUCCAACUUAAAGUGCUACAAAUACUUCUUUGGAUGUAUAUCAAUUUAAAAUCAAUUGAUGUUUCUUCCAAAUAAUGUUUUGGCUGUACUAUAAAAGCAUACUUAAAAGAUUGCAAUAAGUUCCUUCAUCUUUUAAACUUACUUGGUUUCCCCCCCCAUGCUUUUCAUAAAUAGGUUUUAAGGCAGAAACAUACAAAUAUCUUCUGUGUUACGCUUUGUCUUUGCUUCACUUGCAGCCUGUUCAAUGUCUCUCUGAAUUUACCCUUCUAAUCAUGUUUUCCUAUUACAGAAGGCCAGCAUCUUAGAGGACCAGUCAUGGGAAAACAACUAAAUUCUUUGCUUGUUAGAACAUAAUCAUAAACAUUAUGAUAUAUUCACAUUACAAUGUCACCUUUAUCUGCUUUGAGUACUUCAUUGUGAAAUGGAAAGAUGGGAUACAUUUCCUUGGGGAAAUAAGAGAAUCCUAUAUUAUCACGACUCAUAGUUGUUUCAAAAUGCUGGAAUUGUUACAAGAUCAAUAUUAUAAAUGCUAGUAUCUGGAGUAAGAAAUAGCUAUCUGUGACAAUAGUCAAGAAUAUGCACUCUUUUGUGGGAUGGUAGCAGGUUUCAUAACAGUUUCUGAAGAGUAACAGGUCGUUUAUUGACUAGGUAGGACAAAAGUCAUUUAAGACAUCUGGUAACACUUUAGUGAAAAGGUUUUCUAAAGUGACAUUUUAAAAGCUAUUAUUGAAAUGGCUGUGUUUCAAGUAUCAUGUCUUGAAUAUUUGUUCUCUUAUAUUGACUUUCAAAGAUAGUUGAAAACCUUGAUAUUUUUGCUGUAAACCUAGUAUAUACAACUUUUACAGGGAAUACUUGCAGUUUUGUUCUCAUUUGUAUUAUUAUGUCUUUAGAACUCUUGUUUGUCAAGCUGGUAAAUUGUCAUGUUUCAGCAGGAAGUACGUGUCUAUGAAAAUUCAGUGUAUUUUUAAAUUUUUUUCUUUUUAUUAAGAAAAGCAUACCUGAGAGAGAACUUGCAUGUGAGUUUUAACUAUUCAAAUAUUUUGUCUUUUAUUAUUUUCAAUGUAUUCUCAGCUUGCAUGCUUACAGUUCCAAGUCCAGUUGAGGUCAGUGGGACUCUGCUUGCCUAAUUAACACGUGGAUCCAAAAUAUACUUGGAAGCAAGCUCUUAAAUGUAAUGAAGCUUACUUUCAAGGACGCGGGUGGCGCUGUGGGUAAAACCUCAGCGCCUAGGACUUGCCGAUCGUAUGGUCAGCGGUUUGAAUCCCCGCGGCGGGGUGAGCUCCCAUCGUUCGGUCCCAGCUCCUGCCCACCUAGCAGUUCGAAAGCACUCUUAAGUGCAAGUAGAUAAAUAGGUACCGCUUUAUAGCGGGAAGGUAAACGGCGUUUCCGUGUGCUGCGCUGGUGCAGGCUCGCCAGAGCAGCUUCGUCACGCUGGCCACGUGACCCGGAAGUGUCUCUGGGCAGCGCUGGCCCCUGGCCUCUUAAGCGAGAUGGGCGCGCAACCCCAGAGUCGGUCACGACUGGCCCGUACAGGCAGGGGUACCUUUACCUUACCUUUACUUUCAAGUAUAUGAAUUUAAUACCGCAGUUUAAGCAGGAUGUCAGUAUGUGCAUUAGAUAGGUCUUGGGGCAAGAGAACAGAAAAUAACAUGGUUCCCCCGCCAAGUAGGUUGGGUUGCUUUAUCAUGAGAUUGGGAUAAAAAAGUGUCUCCUUAGAAAUAGGGUCACUUACCAUUUUGUAAAAAUGCUGAAAAUUGUGAAGUGUAGAAGUUAAAACUUUUAACUACAAUAAUACUGCUACCAUAGUCCAACACUUUGGUCCCCAUGCCAAGUUGUUUAUGUCCUGUGGCUUAUGCUGCUUUUUCUGUAUUUUAUUUUUUUUAACCAACCCAGUUCUAUAGCUUUUCUGCAAAGGGUUGUUGAAUCCCAAGUAUUCGUGUUGAUGCAAACUGAUUGCUGUCCUGUGCCCUUCUGCAGUCUGAUGUUUACUCUAUUUUGUCUUUUGUCCAGUAUGCAGUCUGCUUGUAGUUCUUUAUCUACUUUUACAUUGUGAUUUGUAGUUAUAGGAGUGUCAGUAAAUGGUAUCAUUGUUAUUUUGUGUGCCUAUGUUCUAUUGGAGCUGUUACAUUUAUGGGCCUUGGCAGUUGGUGUUAAUAUUUAUUUCCAUUACAGCUGUGAUUGUGUCUUUAUACCACUGAAAGAGGGGGAAAUUAAGGUUUCCGUGCACAUAUGGUAAUGCUAAUUACCCUUACUUUCAUGAUCUUCUGCCAUCACCCCACUCUGCCAUCCUUUCUGCAGGGCCUUUCAUGACUGAAUUACUGUGGUUUCAUUACACAAGAAGUUACUGCACCUGUGCAAUGGGCACUUUUCUGCACUGGUAACAAGACUUCUGCCAAUUCAGAAAUGAUGUGUAUGAAUUUAUUUUCCUUAACUUAAGACAUUUUUGUAUGUGCAUACGUUCUGUAGCAGUUCAUCUAAAAUCCAAAAUACAUUCAUUUCUUGGAAAGAACUUGUGCAAGAACUGUGCAUUUUAAAUACCAGCUAUUUCCCUUAAAAUCUUGGUUGUGAUGAAAUUUCUCCCCAAUUUCUUCUUUUGCAAUAUUGCAUGCUUUUGUUUGGAUUUCUAGCCUAUCGUGUCCUGCAGUCAUAGCAGGCAAGUUACCUGGUGCAAACAAUGCUACGAUUUAUUUCCCCUUUGUGGGGGCUUGAUGAAAAGGUCUUGUUACAUUUGCCACUCUGGCUGAAUGGGUAACAGUGCAGGCCUUUUUACAAUUCCUUGUAGCAUCACUUGCCUUCUUGAGUGAUAGUAAAUUGAUGAAGUAAAGUACUAAGUGCUCCAUUCUUUGGAUGAAUUAAUGUACUGAGAAUGUCUUGUGUGUGGAUAUUCUUGCCUCAACAUAAAAAAUGACGCUACUAUAACUUAAAUGUACUUUCUAAGCCUACAAAUGCAUGUUUCUGUGAUUCCAGUUCUUGCGUGGUCCUGAGUUCUAGAUAUUUGAUAAAACCUCAUGAAAUAUUAACAAAUUAAUCCUAUCCACUUGUGGAUUUAACUUGGUCGCUGCAACAAGUACUUUAAAUAUUUUGCUAGCUAGAUUCUCAGAAGCCCUUGUAAAUAUGUCCUAUCCACUGUACUCUAGAUGGUAUAUUGGCAGCCCCCCAUUCAAUAUGUGUGUGACAGUGUAUACGGCUAUAUGCUCAUCUGCCGAACCUGGAAGUGACCUGGAAGCUUCAAAAAGAUGUCACUAAAAGACCCGAAUGAGUGUUUGCAGGCUUUUAAAAUAGGUUUCAAUUAUACACAAUUUCACUGAUAUGCGCAGUGCCUCGGAAUGUUACUGCCAUGUAAAUGGGAGUCUGCCUGUAUCUAAAGUCAGACUGGUUGUGGGAUGAUCAAACAGUAUACUGCUCUGACUCUUCUCCCUUCCCUUAGGGCUAUGCCAAAGUGUAGAGGACUUGGGACAGAGAAAAGUUUGGUGGUUAGUGCAAAUAAUGGCUGGAUCCUAAUCCAGAGUUUGUGAACUGUUACCAUACAGGCCUCUGGAAUUACUUUUCCUUUUGUAAAGGAAUAUCUGAUGGGUCAGAAGUCAUUCAACACUGGUUUGGGCCAAUAGCUGCAGCUCUGCAAAUGAUUUGCUUGGAAAAUAGUGCUGCUGAGGCCAAAAGUAAAGUAUAAAAGAGUUGUAGACUGCUUUGAUUGGCAAGCGCAGCUUUCCAUUUUGUGCUUGGAAAGUCACUGCUGGCUCAGAACAAGUAGCUCACAUACUACUUGUUGCUUGGGUUGUGUUGUUUCUGAAACAAGUUAACUAUUGGUUGAACUUAGAACUGCAAUCUAACUUUUUAUAUUUUUCAGUAUGGAACUUGUUGCCCCACUCUAAUCAAUCAAUUAUCCUUUUACCAAGGGGCUUGCAGUGACAUGGAGGAAAGAGGGAACAGAGAUGGAUAAGCAAGGGUAAAAACAUGUGAAUUAUUCAGUUACAGGUAUCACCCCCACUUACACGGGAUUUAUGUUCCAGGCCCCCAUGCUCAUAACAGGAAAUGGGGAACACCCUUUAAAUGCCCUCUCUGCUGCGCUCUCUUCAAUCCAUAUAAAAAAUACUGUAUCUAAAAAUAUCCACAACUAGAAUUGAAGCUUGGGGGCCGGCUGGAGGACUUGCAGAAAAGUGGCUGCUGCUACUGCACAUACCAGCUGUUAGACUGAGAGGCUGAGCAUCCUAAGCAAAGCCCCACUGUGCCUAUAGUCUUUUUGGGGCUUCCUCACUUUACAUCCUCUUUGGGAUCUGGGGAGGGUCUCUUCUCCAGCCAUUUCCAGGUUUAUUUAUUUCCUGGUGCUUUGUGUAUACAUGGUAGUGUGUGAGUCGAUCAUGUGUAAAUGGGGCGAUUCCUGUAUGUGUACUUUGGCUUCAUUAUAAUAGGGGCUAGGUUGGUUAUCUUUGUUACCUAUGGUUUCUAGCUAUUGGGUAUGAAGCUACUAGAAGUGUACAUGGCAUUCAGUAUAUGGUUUCUUGUAUGACUCAUGAUGGAAAUGAACAGUGCCAGAUAUAUGUUCAAAGCAGUUCAAGAAAGUGUACCAGAAACAUUACAAGAAGCAGGCUUAGUGUCCAUGGCUAAGAAUCAUUGGUUGUAAACCAGAAUGGGGUAGGGAGAAGGGUAGCAGUUGUCUGGCUUGAGGGCUAAUCAGACUCUAGAAAGAGAAGCACCAACAGGUCAUCUGAAACAGUAGUAGUGUGUUUAAUAGAUGUUGUGGACAGAGGAAUAAGUUCUGCCAGGAGGGCAGUUGCAUGCAAUGAAAUAGACAUAUGGCUCUUCCAUUUUGGAAGUUUGCGAUUAUGUUGGUUAAUUAUCGAUCCCUAAUAUUUACCUGUUUGAGGUAAAUACUGUAAGUUGAGCUUGUGCCACAAUUCAGUAACCCGAAGGUAAGCAUGAAGUGAAGCAUUAAAGGUACAGUCAACAACCAUUUCUUGUGGGGGUUCCGUUCCCAGCCCCUAUGUGCCUCAGCAGAGUGUGUAUAAGCGCGUCCUACCCUACCCUUUUAGUGACUUGUGGGGUAGGAUGUCAUGCAUCUUUUGGACAUGUGCUAAUCAGUGCCAGUACAGAAGAAACUGAGGCAAUGUCUAGUAAUGAGGGAGUCAGUUAUACUUGACUUGAUCUUAACCAAUAGGGAAGAGUUGGUUAAUGAAAAGUGACCUUGUAAUGUAGAAUUUCAUGAAAUUAUUUAAAGCCAAAAGUGAGCAUCCUCGGGUAUCUUUGGAUUAUAGGAAAACGAAUUUCAAUAAGUUCAAGAAAAUGCUAGGUAGGAUCAGUGUUCGAAAUUCCCCAGGUGCGUUUCACUACUAGUGCUGGUCCAGUUGUGACUACUUGGAGAUUUCUGGGUGCCAGGUUGGUGACCACAGUUUAAAAACCUCUGCCUUAGUCUAUAUAGUUAAUUCUUUUUCCACGGUGUGUUUCUCCUUAUUGCAUACUAGGACAAGUAAGAGCAAGCUACAGUCAAGUAGUAUAGUUGAGAUCAUAGAAUGGUAGCAUUGGAAGGGACCCCAAGGGUCAUCUAGUCAAACCCCCGACAAAUAGACAUUCUGUUGUGGCAACCAUAGCCUAGGUUUAAGGUGCCAUUUGGUGCCUAGCUUAUAUAUCUGAGUUUCUAACACUAGGUAGGAUUCCAUGGCUGGAUAUGCCAAUGGGGAAAGCAGACUAAUGUGGGUGAGAAUUCCUGAAGAUGGGGUCACUAACGGCACAAUUGCAAACAAUUCCAGAGGGGGGGGGAGAAGAGAAAUGAGAGAGGUGUUAAGAAACUAGUGUAGCUGGAAGAAGGGGUUAGGAAGGAGCUGAAGAUAAAAGGGACAUAUACAAAGAAGUGGAAGGAAGGGUAAGCAAGGGUGAGUACAACUAAGUGGCCCAAAGUUGUAGUGGUGGUGUCAAGAAAACUAAAGCUUGAAAUAAGCUGGUGCUUUGGGGGAAUGCUAAAAGAACAAAAACAACUUUUAAAGGUAUAUUCAAAGGAAGAGGAGAGAAAUUAUAGAACAACAGCUCGGUAAGGAUGAUGAAUGGAUGACAAGGAAAAUGUGAAUCUGCUGAACUCCCCACCCUCCUCCAGUCUUCUUCCAAAAGGGGAACUGUGAGCAACUUGUUUUGAGUUGGGGUGUUUGAGGGCUCUGGAGCAAUAUUAAACAUCUCAGAAGACGGGGGGCGGGGGCAGUGGAGGAUCAAAAUGACCUUUAUAGCAUGAAAAACUGGGCCAAACCUAAGAAAAAUGAAAUUCAACAGAAACAAAUGCAAAGUUAUGGAUGUAGGCCAACUUUCUCUCCCCCUUCCCCCCCGUGAUGCACAGGUAUAGCAAUAAAGUGUUUUAUGGGUUAGCAAUUGGGCAUGUGAAAAUGUAGUUGGUUUCUGACUGAAAUUUAGUCAGUAUCAUGAUGCAGCUGCAAGAAACGUUGAUGUAGUUUGGGGCAUUUAUAGAAUAAUAGUCAACAGAAAGUUUCCAUGUCAACAGAAAUACUAGUUUCCAUUUUAUUCUGCACUAGUCAGCCUUCAUCUGGUACAUUGUGACCAACCCUGGGUGCCUUAAUUUAAGAAUGAUCUAGGCAAAUUUAAAUGGGUUCAAAAGAGAGCAAUGAAAGAUAGGGGUAUGGAAAACAGUCCUUAUAAGAAAGGUUUAAGGAAGUGGAUAUUUUCAGCCUGGAGGAGAGAAUAUUGAGAAGAGGAAAUGAUAAUAUGCUUUAACUUUCUGAAGGCUGUCUGAUAGAAAAGGGUAAAUACGUACAGUACUUGUUUUCUGGUGCCCCAGAAGGCAGGACUCUAACUAAUGGGCAUAAAUCCCAGGAGAGUUGAUACUGAUCGAGUACUGGGAGAGAUUACAUGGUAGUUCAACAGCAAUGCCCCUAAGUCCAUACUGCAAUGUUCAUAAAUGCUUAUUGUGGGAAGGCUAAUCUCAAGUUUGGGGAUAGCAGAGUAGCCAGACUACUUCUGCUGCUCCAAAGUUUAGAGAAAGAACAUCUGCUUCCUUUUCUCCUUGAGAGAGGGAGGGCUUAUGUUGUAAGUUUUAUUUUAAAAACUUCUUUUACAAUAUUUGUAUACGUUUCAACCAAAAUGGUUCUAAAAGUUCACAAUAAUAUCUAGGCUUAUUUGCGUUGAAGCUUGCCAUCACAAUGAUGUUUGUGGUACAGUGUUGGAGAAUAUACUUUAUGAAAUUCAGCAGGAUAACAUUCAAAAGCCCUUAUGUUUGUUCUCAAUAUUCAGGAAGAAAUUGGGGCAGUAAUUUGUGUGCUGAUAGGCAUCUUUGCCAGAGAACCAGGUGGCUUGGGUAUUUGUAGAAAAAUGCUCUGAGUGACUUCUUCUAUGCUGAGAUGGGUGCUGUUGGUUCAAAGGCAGUAGGGAAGUUUCUCACAUUUGCUGACUGGAAGAGUGGUGGAGACUAGAGAAAAUAACGAGUUUGAGAGGUAUCACAUGUGGUCCUAACUUUGGAAAAUAAGUGUUUGUCCAGUUUCAGGCAAAUUCUUGGUAGCUUACAAUAGAACCAUUGAUAAUACGGUCACAAAUAUAAUAAAAGCGAUACUUUCAGCCAUCCUUAACAUUUCUGGUGACACAACCCCAGAGUCUUUAAUUGUUAGGCCAAUAAAAAUCUUAACUAUAAUAAAUUACCUGUGCUUUUUAAAAAAACAAAUGGUUGGGGAGUUCCAAAAGUGUCCGGGUCACCAUGAAUAAUCUGCAGAACUUGUUAAGUAGAAGCUUGCCCCUGACAUCUUCUAAGGUGGAAAGGGAGUUAACUUGCUAAUGAUCUAUGGUAGUAAUAAACAUUACACAUGAACAGAUUAAUAACUUUAUGAGAAUUCACACAUUCAGCCAGUGUUAGAAACAGAGAUAUGAAAGCUAGGGGCUAAACGGCACCUUAAGUAUAGGUUAUGGGCGCAACAAUGGAAUGUCUAGGUGUGAUUCUUUAUAACAAGAAUACAAAGCUGAAAAUGAAUGAACUGCAGCUAAAAUAUUAUGUUCAUUUUUCACAUGGUCUAGUCUUGCCCAGCCCCCUAAUAUUCUUAAGAGGGUCUCUUCUCUAGUCUUCAGAGAGUAGCUGAAGGUGGGGAGGCAGAAAAAGGUCCUCUUUUCCUUCCACUCUGCAGUUUUAAUCUGGAAUCUUAGGCGUAGUACUGCGCCCAGAGCUCAGAAACUGUUCUCACUAAUGAAAUUCCCUGUCGCAAAAUGCGCCUAGAACAAUGGGAGUUUCGAACACUGCAUUCAGCAUGUGUUUUAUUUAUGUUUGCAUUCAAAUAAAAUCUUUUGUUUGCAUGGCAAUGGAAAACUUCAAAUAAUCUACAGCUUUUGUUAAUGUGUAGUGUUAAUGUGGUAACUUGUACUUCCUAACAGUGUAAUUUUUGCAGUGUUAAAGGUUUAAUGAAUUAAUGAACAAAUCUGUGAUAUUAAAGGAAGCCAAAUUUUUAUAGAGUUAUUUGCCUUUCAGAUUUUUGUAUUUCCGUCCUUUCUGCUUUAUGGUAGGGCAGAGGUAGCUAAUGUACCUGGACCCUUUUGUUUUACUAAGCUACUCUGAUACAUAACCAAAACGCACUGAGGGAGUUACAGCCUGCAGCUGUGUUUGAAACUCCCAUUGCUCUAGAUGUGUUUUGUGACAAGGAAUUUCAUUUGCGCUAUGAUUUCAUGUUAAAACUGCGGAGGAGUGGGCAGGGGAAGCAUGGCUUUGUUUUUUGCAGUCUUCAGAUGAGGACUAAAUCAUGUGAAAAAUGAAUAUAAGAUUUUAUCUGCAGUUCAUUCAUUAAAAGUGAACCUAAACAUUCUGUUGUUGCGCCCAUAACCUAAGUUUAAGGUACCAUUUAGCUCUUAGCUUUCAUAUCUCAGUUGCUAAUACUGGCCUGCAUUAGUGUGGGGCAGCAAGAGUUGUGUCCUGAUAUUCAGAAGCCUUCAGAAUGGUCCAGAAAACACAGUGCAAAGUACCCUGAGUUGUGACCUGCACAGGGAUAUGGUGAAUUGAUACCUCUCAGUGUUCAGUAAGUAGCUAGACAAGAAUUGAUGGAUUAUUUCCAUUAUAUGUAAUGUGUCAUUUCUUCUAUGAAACAGUAAACUUUCUACAUCUGGCAAAAUAUUAACUCACAGUAAGUAGAAAUAGUGGUUUUAAACUAACUUGCUAAUAGUGAUGCAAAAGGCAUGCAACAUGUCAGAACACAAUGAAUGAUCUAUUCUUAGUGACCCCAAUUUGUCUUCUUGCUGUAGAAAUUUCCAUAACAUGGAAACUGUGUUACCAGUUUUUAGGAUUUAAGAUUAAUAUUUAAUUGUAUUUACUUUUAGGGUGCAAACACUAAAACACUGCAAUAUGUUACCAUUAGAAAUGCCUGAAAUUCAGCCUCAAGCUUGGAAAAUUAAAAUCACAUAUUCCAUUACAUUCUGCUAUCUUUCUUGAAAUUUUCAAUAAAGUAGCUCUCAGGGCACUUUCCUUGAAUGAUUGUUUGCUCAAACAAUUGGUUGAUUACCAAAGGUGCAAAAGAGUGCACCUUUGCAAGAGUGCAAAAGAGUUAGAUUAAAUUUAAAUAUUUAAAAGAGUUAAAUUAGGUUUUAACAUUGCACGUCUGGAGAUUUUCCUUGUGAAUGCCUUCUGUAUUCAUUGGCAUUGUGUCAACUUUAACGAUACAGACAACAGUUUGAUUUUUCAGAAACUGUCUAAUUUGUACUUUUUGUUUUGAUAGAAAGUUUUGAUAGAAAAUGAAUAUAUGCUGUUUGAUAGCCCAGACAUGUUCGUAUUGAGAGUAUAUGUUUUUGGAGAGCUGACGUUCUGAAAGAACAUCUGUUUCUUGUCUCUAUACAUGAGAAAGUUUGGACAACUUUACAUAAAUCUAUUUGCUGCUUUAUCCAGAGAGUUAGUGAUUAGUACCUAUAAAUUACAGUGCUGCAACCCUGCUGAUAUGUAUUUGUCAAGGAAUAAAUACAGUGGGUUGUAUCCAACAUUAUGGGAAUGGAAGUCUUAUUGUACAAUGGGGCUUUUCGACUCCUCAUUUCGACUCCAACACCCCACACUCCUCAAAAAGCCUCUACAGAGUAUUGGGGGAACCUCUGACCUUGUGAAUGCAUUGCAAAAGAAAUGGGAAAACAGCAGCUUGCUUUGGGAGAGGCUUUCUGCAGGGUAUGGGGAGUUGGAAAGCCCUGAAACACAACUUACUUUAAUGUUACAUACAACCUUUCUUAUUGAUACCGACAGCAGUAGUAUAAAGACGACGUGGAUUUACCGUAUUUUUCGCUCUAUAAGACGCACCAGACCACAAGACGCACCUAGUUUUUGGAGGAGGAAAGCAAGAAAAAAAAUAGUCUAAAUCUCAGAAGCCAGAACAGCAAGAGGGAUCACUGUGCAGUGAAAGCAACAAUCCCUCUUGCUGUUCUGGCUUCUGGGAUAGCUGCGCAGCCUGCAUUCGCUCCAUAAGACGCACACACAUUUCCCCUUACUUUUUAGGAGGGAAAAAGUGAGUCUUAUAGAGCAAAAAAUACGGUAUUUGAAACUCCUUUUUGAUAUGAAAGGUCACUUCCCAGAAUUUAAUUAUUGAACUGGCAGUACUCUAUUUAUUAAUUUGAAGUUUGUGAGAUGUUUUAGGAUUUCAGGAGUGCUUGGGGUAUGUUCUGGUUUAUUUGCCUAGAAAAACCAAGUGGCAUUGCUAAAGCAUCAGUAACAUUGUGUCUAAACCGUGUCACUAUAUUUUUUGUCCAGUAAGGACUUAGGAUAUUUCUGUGACAGUCUCUCCCAAAACACCUAAAUACAGUGGUGCCCCGCAAGACGAAUGCCUCACAAGAUGAAAAACUCACUAGACGAAAGGGUUUUGCGUUUUUUGAGUCGUUCCGCAAGACGAAUUUCCCUAUGGGCUUCCUUCGCAAGAUGAAACGUCUUGCGAGUUCUUGCGAGUUUUUUCCUUUUUCUUAAAGCUGCUAAUAGCCGUGCUUCGCAAGACGAAAAAACCGCAAGACGAAGAGACUCGCGGAACGGAUUAAUUUCGUCUUGUGAGGCACCACUGUAAUCUUCCAUACAUAUGUGCUUCUUCCUCUUCUUCUUUUUCUUUUUACUGACUACUGAUAUUCAGAAUACCCUAUGCAAACUUAAUGAAAUAUUUAUAUAAUGGUAUGUUUAUUUAAAACAGAUUUAGUCAGAUAGUUUUUCAUAUCAGUGGUUGCAGACUUGCUAUGUCUGUCAAUGGAUUUUUUUUGCAAUUUUAAUGGAAAGUGGAUUGUAUCUGAGCUUGAUGAGGCAAUAAUCAGGUAUUCAAAAUACUUCAUUAGUUCGGGUGGAAGGUGGUGUUGCAUGCACUAGGCCUCUUAAAAAGUUUAUGAAGACUUUAUGAAUUCUGUAAAGUCAAUCAAAUGUAUGUGGUUGGAUUUCAGAUGUUUGGCUUGUCUUGAGUUUUAGAGCAAUCAGUUAGGGAAAACACUAUCUAUGCAGAAUUUAUUUUGGAGCAAAACAUGGAAAUUCUAUCUAUGUAUACCAAGACCAUGGUUGUAGCAAUAAAUUUGUAUAUGAGAGAAAUGCAGUGGGCUUGGAUCCAGAGCUUGUGCACCUCUGGAUUGAUGCCCCUAACUUUUAAAAAUAAGCAAAUAGGGAAUUAAACAAUGUGUGCUAAGUUAAAAUUGCUUGAGAUGUGAAUUUUUCUAGAAGAUGAAGAAGAAAAUUGUACAGCGAAAAUUUUAUCUAUAAUUAUAUAAAGGAACUACAGCAGAGUUUGGUAAUCCUACAAACAAUUAUAAAGAAGCUCAAAUUAGCAACAGUAAACUCUAAGGCUUUUAUGUUUACUAAUAACUAGAAUAAGAUUUAUGAAACAUAUUUAUUUGACUAUAGCAGUUAGCUAUCAAUAGUAAUGACAACUGUAAUGCUGGAUUUCUUUUCAGUCCACUUUAGCUUUUGAAUUGUUUAUACUUCAUCAGUAUGUACCACUGGGGGGUACUAGCUAGAUGUUCUCUCUCUCUCUCUCUUUUUUAAUUAAUUUUUCAAAUUGAAGUUUUUAUCUCUACAAAAUAACAGAAAGAAAGGGUUACACAUAUGUACAUGUUAGUAACACAAAGUAUCCCCCCACCUCACCCCACCACCACCAUUGGUUUGACAUAACUCGAAAUGUGAGUUAAAAUCUGACUUCCUUCCAUCGUUGCUUGAUCUUAAUUCUAUAACUUAUCUUUACAGUUGUGUUUGUUAUAUUGUAUUUGACAAAUAUUCUGAUUUUACUUGCAUUUGUAACCUUUCCCCCUUACAAACUUUGUUCUUUACAUAUCAAUAUUUCUGUACCGGAGCAGUGUUUUUUCGUAUAUUCAUUCACUCAACUCCAUUCUUUUAUUAAAUUUUGAUUUGUUUGACCUUUGAUAGCUGCCGUCAUUUUGGCCAAUUCAACAAAUUCAAUAAGUUUGAUUUGCCAGUCUAUUAUUGUGGGUAUUUUGUCUCCCUUCCAGUUCUUUGCUAUAAGAACUCUUGCGGCAGUGUAUGCGUAUAAGAAUAUCCUUUUCUUAUUUAUGGGGAUGUCAUUUGUUAUUAAUCCCAGAAGAUACGCUUCUGGUUUCUUGUUAAAUGAUUUUUAAAAAAUCUUUAUUAUCUCUUCAUGAACUUUAUUCCAAAAGGUUUUUAUCAGCUAGAUGUUCUCUUAACCAUCAGAAGCUUGCUUCUCUGACUAGCUGACUAGUAAGAAAACAGAUGUCAAAAUAACACAUAAAUUAUGAAGGAUCUUGCUUUUGGUUACUAACAUUUGUUGUGAAAUGAUAACGCAAGUCAGAUUUUUACCUCCUUGCAAAUGUAUUUUAUCUAGAAUAUUUUUGGUUUAUUAUUGCAUUGAGAAAUAUUAAAAAGACAUAUAAAUUAAAAAUUGAUAAGAAACCUGUAGCUUUUUAGAUAUUGCUGGGCUUGAAUUCUCAUCAUCCCUUACCAUUGACCCUGCUGGCGUGGGCUAUUGGGACCUGGAGCUGAAUAAUAUCUAAGACACAGGUGCUUUAGUGAGAUGUGAAAGAGUCUCAUAUGCUCCCCCACCCAUCCUCAUGUGUGUGUAGGAGGAAUAUUUUGGAAGUGUUAACUUCUGCUUUUGGUUAACAGCAGUUUGUUGUAUGUUCUUGCCUGUCAAACUGUAAUUAGCAUUAACUACAGUUAAUUUCAAACCAACUACCGGCAAUGGUUUCUGAAGCUGGCUUGUUUACACUAACCAUAGUUAACGAUAACAAUAGUUCCAGAUGACAUAGCAAACCGUUAACCAGAAGCAAAAGUAUCCAAACGCCAAUUCCAGACUGUGGAACAAGCAGAGGGAAGGGCCUGAGCUUAGGUGGGGGCUAAGCUAGUUCAUAUAAUUAAACUCAAGGGGUGCAGAAUCUUUUUUUAGUCCCAUGGGCCACAUUUCCUCUUGCAUAACUUUCUAGGAUAAAGUGGCUGUGACCAGGAAAAAGAGGAAAAAGUGGACCAGGCCAGAGAGAAGAAAUUAGGCAGUGAUGCUUAUUUUUGUAUGGUACCCUAUUUUCCAUCCAUGUAAAAGUCAUAAGCUUCCACAGACACAUGUCUCCAUCCUCCAUCUAGGAAAGCAAGAGGCAUCCUCCAAGCUCAAGGGCAGAUGCCAGACAGGCACAAACACUUGAAGAUAAUGUGAAGCAGGGCUGGUGAGGGGUAUGUCUUGAGGAGAGGCAUGUGGACUAAAUAUGGACUCCUAGUUGGCCACAUUCAACACCCAUCCCAGUUUCCCAUCCCUGUUGUACAUUAUAUUCUAGCAUGAUGUCCAAAUGCAGACAUGGUCCAAAUGAGGGCAUCUUUCACAUAAAAAUUAUAAAAAGAAUGUGUAACAGUUUGUAUAAUUUCAGUAGCUAACAGAUGUGGGCUAUCUGUUAAAUGUUAGCAGUAGAUUUGCCUUAGAGAUUUCUGGUAACUAAAAUGUACAAUAACUAUCCACAACAUAUUGUUUUGGAAUCAGCUGUGUGGCUGACAUUAGCUUGCUCUACACCAGUGGUGGCCAGACUUGGCCCUCAAGCUGUUUUGGGACUACUAUUCCCAUCAUCCCUGACCACUGGUCCUGUUAGCUAGGGAUGAUGGGAGUUGUAGUCCAAAAACAACUGGAGGGCCAAGUUUGGCCACUAUUGUUCUACACUAUUACUACUAGCCAUGUAUUGUCUAAGUAAUUGCCUUGAAAGCUCACUGGGGAAGAUUCAACGAAUGGCUACACCCUCUCACUAUAUAUAAAGGUCUGGUGACUUCUGUUUCAGUGUAUCUGAAGAAGUGUGCAUGCACAUGAAAGCUCAUACCAAUAACUAGCUUAGUUGGUCUCUAAGGUGCUACUGGAAGGAUUUAAAAAUAUAUAUAUAUAUAUUGUUUUGUUUUGACUAUGGCAAACCAACAUGGCUGCCUACCUGUAACGAGAUCCAUUCAGUCAGUGCAAGCAUUUUUGCUUGCCUGAUAGAAUGAUUACCCUCCUCCUUCCUGCACAGGUCUCCCAAGAGGGUUAUUCCAGAGCAGAUUUGGGAGCCGGGGAAAGGGGGAAGCCACAUUGCUUUAGCAAGAGUCCUUGCACUGGGUUCUACUAGUGGAAUGAAGUAGUCGAAACAGGGCCUGUGUAAAUAAAAGAGAUUGCAUAACUAAAUCACUUCUUUGUUUAACCCAUUUCCCAAGACUGACACAGGAAUCACUCUAAAAGUAUUCUUUUUAAAUCCUAAAUGCAAGAUGAUUUAGUUGGAACUUGCAAACAGAGUUUGUUUAUGAGAUCAGAACACAAUGAUUAUUCUGUGUUUUUAAGUGACUCCUAAUAAUGUGCAUGUGCUCAAAAUCAUGUAACGCAGGUUAGUGGCAGCAGUAGGGGAAGUUGUUGUUCCCUGUUCUUCCCACCACAGUGUUCAUUUCCUUUCCUUUAUAGAAGAAGGGAAGUGGUUGUCAUAGUGAUAAAGAGGAAACCCAUUGGAAUUAUCUCUUUUUACAGACUAGCAGAUUUACAAGAUUAUAAACUUUUCUGAGAAGUGCCCCAAACCAUCUUAGUUUGAACAGGCCUGUCACAAAGGUCUGCACAGACCCUGCUGUCUCUUAAAAUUGCUUUAGACCAAAGAUCUCAUUUCUCCAAGAGAUCUCCCACCCUUCAUUUGAAUUCACAAGUGAGGGGCACAGAUGCUAAAUCAGUUGUCUGACAGGAAGUGGAGGGAAAAGCAUUCCUCCAGUUUACACCUUUUAACAUUAACAGUGUUCUAAGUGUUAACCUAGUGUAUGUUUGUUGUAGCAGGCACUAGGAUCCUUUACAAUUGGAUGGUGUUUCCAUGUGGAGGUAGAAAUCUGUUUUAUUCUUUUAAAUAAAUAAACCUUUAUUGUCACUACACCAUCUGUGUGCAGUGAAAUUAAACGAGCCCCCCUCUUCCCCCCACAUACACUCAGUCUUGUUCGCGCUCUGUGUGCUUGUCGGAAGUCAGUUGCACCACUAUUUUUUUCCAUUCAGCAGCCCAACAACCCACUGAUAAAAACUGUUCUUUAACCUGUUGGUGCUGCUGACUAUACUUCAGUAUCUCCUGCCCGAAGGCAGGAGGUUAAAAAGGUGCUGGCCGGGGUGUGAGUCGUCCCUAAGAAUUUUCCUUGCUCUCCUGAGGCUGCGGUCUUCCACGAUGUCAUCUAGUGAACUCCAGGGACAGCCCAUGAUAUCAUGUGCUGUAUUCAUCACCCUCUGUAGGGAUUUCCUGUCUGUGGCUGUCAAACCGGUGUACCACACUGUAAUACAGUGUUUUAGUUCAUUAUAUCUUACUGGAAAAAUAGCAAAAAGAAAAAAGAAAGUUCUCACGUCACUGUGGCUUGGAUUGGCUUGUGGAUGUUUUUGAAAAAUGAGAAUGCAUUUUUAAAUAAAACGGAGGUGACUGGAGGAGGAAAAAACAGCCAGUGAUGCACUCUGUCACUGCACUGCUCUCCUGGAAGCAGUUGCAGCUCACAGUAGGCAAGAAGGCAAGCUGCAAACUGUUUUAACACAGAUUAGUUACACCAUGAAACUUUCUACUCAUUCUAUUUUUGUAUAGUUAUGGUGAUUGAAAGAAGGUGAAGUGGUAGAUUCUCCAAUUCUUGAACUUCUUGAAAUUCGUUCUAUAGUAAUUGUGGAUGAUUGAGUUCAGAACUAUAGACUACUUGGAUUAAUGCAUAUGUACAGUGGUACCUCUGGAUGCGAAUGGGAUCCGUUCCGGAGCCCCGUUCGCAUCCUGGAGCGAACGCAACCCGCGUCUGCGCGGGUCGCGAUUCGCCGCUUCCGUGCAUACGUGUGAUGUCAUUUUGAGCGUCUGUGCGAGUGGCGAAACCCGGAAGUAACGCACUCCAUUACUUCCGGGUUGCCGCGAAGUGCAACCCGAAAAUAUUCAUCCUGAAGCUACUUCAACCCGAGGUGUGACUGUAGUAUGUGACAUUAACUGAUUUACAAAGUGUUUGUAGGCUUGGUUGACUCCAAAUUUUAGUGGGCCUUUUCCUAUGUUGGUCUUCCCUGCUGUGAGUGUACCUGACUGCAGAACUGGGUAGCUAAGCACUGCCAUUUUAAAAUUUUCCAACAUGCUCUGGAGGUGCAUGAUAUCUCAGAACAUUGUGGGAAAUGGCAAAAUGUAGCUGCUCAGUGGAGGCCUAGCAGCUGCUCAAGGAUACAAGGUGUUGAGCUGGGCCUGAUUGCCUGGAAUAUUUGUUACAUAUAGCUUUAGUGGUUAGAACGGUGACUCUUAAUUCAUGAUUAUUUUUUUACUGGAACAUUCUUGUGAGACAGCUGAAUUAAUAUUUUAUGCCCGUUGAGUAGAUGUGCGUUUAGUUGUAACCCAUAGCAUACUUAAACUACUAGACUGUGCUGUUUAAAAGUAAUUCCUUUCACCCUUUAAAUAAAACUAUUCUCUAUUUAGAUGUGGCUUCACAGGUUGUGCAUACCAAUUCCAGGCAUUAAAAGACUACCAGAAAUAAUGGAGUUGCCAGUAAGCAAGUGAACAUGAUGCUUCAACCAGUGGAUAAAUAAAUACUUUUCAAAAAAGAAAAUUCAAUAUUUAUUUGAUUUAAAUUGUAGUUAAAAGCCAGUUUUUAGAUUAAUUUACCAAAUUCAUCUUGAUGCAGCAUUAAUGCUAUUCCUUCUUGUCUGAAAUGUGUAUAUUCUAUUUAGUAUUCUAAUUUGAUUGGUUUUUAUGGUUAUCACUUACCAAUGUGUUACAUGCUACAGUGGUACCUCUGGUUACAAACUUAAUUCGUUCUGGAGGUCCGUUCUUAACCUGAAACCGUUCUUAACCUGAGGUACCACUUUAGCUAAUGGGGCCUCCUGCUGCCGCCGCCGUGCGAUUUCUGUUCUCAUCCUGAGGUAAAGUUCUUAACCCAAGGUACUACUUCUGGGUUAGCGAAGUCUGUAACCCGAGGUGUUUGUAACCCAAGGUACCAUUGUAUAUCUAAUUGCCAUAUGCCACCUUAAAAAUGAGAAUGCUGGAACAGGGCAGUCUUGAAGCACAUCUGUAGCAAGAAUGAGGAACUUGUGGCCCUUCAGAUGUUCUUGUAGACGCCCAACUCAUCCACUCUAGCAAGCAUGGCCAGUAAUCAGAAAUGUUAGUAGUUGUCCAGUAUUUGGAGGGCAACAGGUUAGCAACUCCUAGUCUAGAAAAUGCUCAGGUUCUGAGAGAUAGGAGUUGCCGUCACUGAAGAGAUACUGAGAUCAACUCUUUGCACCCUUGUAACAAUCUAACUUGUAGUCAGAAUACCUGUGGUAAAUUUAAGGGAAUUCUAAGCAUGAUUGAAUGUAAGCUAUUACCGUACUGCCAAAAUGCUGGGAAUAAGUUUUUAUGUAGGUGAUUUUCUGUAUCAUUUGAGAUAGAUUUAUUUCAAAAAGGAUGAGGGUGAAUUAAGGAUGAACUCAUAACCACAACUGGUCCAGCACUGACUAUGGCAUAGUUUUUUCAAAUGUACUCUUGUAGCAGAAUGCCCUUUUUGCUGCAUAAACUGCUAUUGUUGGAAUUGUAUUUUCUUCAUGCCUGAAGAAGACUUGCUAUUCUGAGGGAAGAGAUAAGCGACUGGUCAGAUAAGUCUGGCAGUAUAAGAAAAUAACUGGGUCACAGUAACUACUUUAUUGCUUAAACUCUAUUACCCUCAUAGUUUGGCUCUCAAAGGCUUACUAAAUGGCUUAGGCCAGUGGUUUCUAAUUAGCUAAGUACUGAGGACCCCCUGUUUUUCAAAAGCCAAGCCAUGGACCCCCUACAUUUUAAAAUGUUGAUAUUAUCUCUGGUAUUUUUUGUUACGUGAAUGGUGCCAUAGCUCCCCUGAGUGGGUUGCAUGGAAUCCCUGGGGUCCACAGACUCCCAAUUUGGAACCACUGGCUUAGGCCAUUUGUAAUUCUGAGUUAGAUUUAUGUGUGGGGUAGGAAGUUCUUUAAAUGGGGCUGUUCGUAUUUGCAUGUUCAAAAAAGUUUAAAACAAAAUUAAAUGUUUGAAUGUAUCUCUUUCAGGUUAUGCAAUGGUCUCUGCAAGAUGGCUUGUUCUUGAGUUGGAGCUUUUUAAAACAGACAUAUGCUGGUACUUCAACUUCAUUAAGCGGACUAUAAGUUUUUCUCUCUCAACAACUACAUAAGCAGACAAAAUUGCAAAAAUCUGCCCUGUUUCGAGUAUGACAGCCACGACCCGUGGCUCUCCAGUAGGAGGGAACGACAGCCAGGGCCAGGCUCCUGAUGGACAGUCCCAGCCUCCUCUCCAGCAGAAUCAGGUAUGGUGGAUAUUCAUAUUAGUAAUCAAAAUUUAGAUAUUUUUGAGAAAAGUUGCAAUUGAUAACACUAAUUAACCUUAAUCUUGCAACAAUACACUUCAGUUCUACUUUACGCAUUAAAUAAAUUCCAGUAAAGUUGGUCUGGGCACUUCCUGUUUACAAACCCCUUGCAUGGUGAGAGUCUCUUUGAAUGUUUGUCUUAAAAAUUUAGAUACUCUAAAUCAAGAUUCCUCAUAUUUUGGCUGGCCUUGUUAAUUAAAGAUUUUUUGGUCCUGAUCUUGUGUAGUACCCUCUGUAAUACAGCAUGAGGUUGGGUACAGUCACCCCAUAGCUCUGAGCUUGGAGGUACAUAGGGAGUUAAUGUGAUCUUUUCUGCAAAAACAAGCCCAUUUCAUCUUUUUCAGCUUGGAAAGGGGAGUGGGGAUUCCCUACUCUUGUUCUAGGUCUCUGAGUCCCUCAGAAGCUCAGGUAUGAUUACUGUUCCCAGGUCUGGAUCCAGUUUAGAGGGGAAGAAAUGGCUGGGACUGGUUAUUUGAACAGUUGCUUUCUGAGAUGCACUAAGAAGAGGUGUCAGCACCUGGCUGCACUGGGGUGUGCCAGGUUGCCACUGCACUUUGAAGCAUAAAACAACCCCCAAGCUUUCUUUCCAAUCUUAGGGCUGUGGAGAAGGCAAGGAUCAUCCUCACAGUAAUGCUAGACUUCUGAGGUCUCCGAACUGCUAUUCCACUGCAUAAAAAAACUCUUGUUUUUCUUGCCAAAUGAUUGAAAUGUCACAUUCUAUAGUAGAAUAAAAUUACAAUUCCAAGGGAAUCAUUGUUGAAGUGAAUUGUAAUAGUUAUUAAGCUUUAUUUACAUAGACAAGGUUUCCAUGGCUGCUUUUGGAAGCACUAGGUUUUGUACAGUUAACUUCACUUAUAGCAGGUGGACUGCUGAUGUUUACAGUAGCUUUGUAAAUUCACAAAAGCUGCCUGCCACCCACACAACUAUUUGUAGCAAAUAAGCAUAGUAAAUGAGAGAGAAUACACAAACUCUUCCAUGCCUGUUUGCACACAAGUGUUUACAUGUGUUCUUAAGUUGUUACAAGUAAGCAGAUAAGUGACAGCUUGUAUGUAUUAAUUGCAUAUACUAGAGGCUAUUUCUUAAAUUGCUGCUUUUAUUAAACAAAUUGUUGUUUGGGUGCAUACUCUGUUCAUCCGGCUCAGGAAAAUAUAGUUGUUUAAAACCAUUCUGAAAAGAUCCAGUGAUUAGAUUGGGAUUUCUCAGAAAUUGCUGCAAAAAAAUGGUUUUGCUUGUUGCACUUGAGAUUUAAUUUUUUGCACACAUGGUGAACAAAACUGGUUUUAUUUGAGGCCUGUUCUGAUGAUAAUGUUACAUGCUCACACAUGCUUCCUUUUUAUGCACAGUGAUAACAGGAGUGUGAGUAGUUCAGAGCUCUUGUAUUCUUGCUGCAUGAACAUAAUCACAUCAGUGUGUUGGAGAUCUUGCACCAGCUCACAUCCUCCAGUUGAAGUAAUCUCCCCCCCCCCCCAACUUUCUUUUGAUCAUUGUAUCCCAAUAGUGUUGCUCCAAACUUGCUUUUGCUGUUCUUUCAUUGCUCUCAGCAUAUUGGCAGUCAGUACAAGAUGUAAGAUGUUUCUCAUCCAAGCAAGAUAGAUUUGUGGAUGUUCAUCAAGGAGACGUUGCUACCAAAUGUAGUGCAGCACUGAAAGCUAGAGGCGCAGUUCUAAUGAGCCCUGUCAGUGCAGGAACUUCAGUUUGCACAAUGGGUCUGUCCCCUCUCCCCUUACCCAUGUGCCUCCCUGCACCCCCAAAUUUAACUCUAGGAGGGUCAGGAGAAGUGCCAGAGCAGCACAGGGAAAGGGGAGAGGUAUCAUUCUGCCUAGUGAACUGAAAUGCUUAGACAGAUAGAACAAUUGUAAAAACUUAAUGUUGAAUUCCACGGUUGGUGUUUGCACAAUGUUGUGAAUGUGUUGUCUCCAAUGAGGAGAAGAUUGUCAAAGUGUUGCUGCAUGCUUUUUCUCCUUUUGUAAGAGCAGCCUACAGUUCAGUAGAGAACUUUAGAACAUACUUGGCUUACAUUAAAAUAGUGUAAACAUUGCCAAGGAAACAUGCAGGCAACUGGAAUAGAUUUUCACUGGUGCUGUUCUCAGUAGCAAAUAGAGCAUGGGUAGUCAGCAUUCUUCUCUCUAGAUGUUUUGGGCUUCCAUUGACCAUGCUAGCUGGGCUGAUAAGAGCUGUAGUCCAGAACCUCUGGAGGGCACUGUGUUUGCUAUCUCUGAGAAUAGAACUUGGUGGAAAGUGGCUUUUUUCUUCGUCAUGCUUGGAAUGUAAAGUGCUUGCCCUACAGGAGGACUCAGAGGGCACCUGAUUGAGACUUGAGUUUUAUAGGUUACAGGCUGCUUGUGGGUGUUGCUUGUGUUAUUUGUGCAUUACAUUGCACAGAGGCAUUGAACUCAUUACAUUUGCAGUAGUGCAUGAUAGACCAGUGUGAUCUCACCAGUGCUCCCUCACAGGCCCGAACUUGCUGCUGUCCUGCCCUGUCAAGCAGCAGUGAUGCUGGUGUCAGGAGGUUGUGUCUGCAGCUCUACCCCACCACACAUGGCAGCUACUGAGUUAGAAUUAUGACCUAGAAGCAGGAGGACCAGAUCAAAGCUUCUGUUUUGAUUUUGGAGGGGGUUGUGAUUUAGAAAAGCUAUUAAAUUUAGUACAUAGGGGAAAGGAAAUUUGCAGAAUUGUAUGUUGAAAACUAAAAACACAUAGUACAAAUAUGAUUAAAAUGAAAGCGCGAAAUAACUGUCCUGUGCAGCAUAAAGAUGAUGAAGAAAGAGAUACAUUUACCCUUGAAACGUUAGGGGGAAAGAGGCCUACCCUUUGAAUGUUAUUAGAAGGAGACAUUAAAACUUGAUUAAACUGUAUGAUGACUCCGUAAUUUUAAAAAUUAUUGCAAGAAUUUCAGUAUUUGAGUGGUUUACUUAACUAUGUAUUUUCUAAUUCAGACUUCUUCCCCUGAUUCUUCAAAUGAGAAUUCCCCAGCUACACCCCCUGAUGAACAGGGUCAGGGUGAUGCUCCACCACAGCUUGAAGAUGAGGAGCCUGCAUUUCCACACACUGACCUGGCCAAGUUGGAUGACAUGAUUAACAGGUAUUUAUAUAUAUUUUUCAGGCAAUGUGUUAAUUUGUGGCUCAAAUUAUUUCAUCUUUUCCAGAUGAAAAGCAUUGAAGGGGAAAGUUAGAUUUCAUGUCAAAUUGAAUUUUAUAUUCUAAUGUUUUCUUAGACCUCGAUGGGUUGUUCCUGUAUUGCCUAAAGGGGAGUUAGAAGUUCUUCUAGAAGCUGCUAUUGAGCUUAGUAAAAAAGGUAAGUUGAAAAAUUAAACUUUUAAGAACAAUGGGUAUAUCACAUCAAUGACGUACAGUGAUAUCCCUUAUUUAGAAUUGCUAGCUUUACUAACUACUAGACUGUGUAUACAGGGAGAUAAAGAAAUAAAUAGAUUCAAGCCAGGAAAUGCGAAGGAGCUGGAGAGUCCUUAUGGCUUGCAAGGGACCCUUCCUGGUGCCUGAAGAGGACUUCAUUGGGGACAGAGGAAUCCCCAAAGAGACUGGAGGUGCAGCAAAGCUUUUUUUAGGCUGCUAGGCUUAGCAGCUGAUGUGUGCAGUAGUGCAGCAGCCACUGCUUUUCUGUGCAUCCUCCAGCUGGCCCUAGAACUUCAACUCUAGUUGAAGAGAGAGUUGUGGGAAGAGAGAGCUGGAGAACAGGAACAACGGGCAUUUAGAGGCUUUUUAGAGGGUUCUCUGCACUUACGCGAUUUUCGCUUAUGUGCGCCGGGGCCUGGAACACAAACCUCGUGCAACUUGGGGAACGCCCAUAGUGUUCAAUGAAAUGAGUAAACAGGUCAGUUUUGAAGUAUGUUUUCUUUUGGUUUGGUGGAGAACUUUCAUUUGUAUAUCUAAACAGCAUUUCAGUAGUUGAAGAAUUCUUGUAAGAUAGUGGCUGAUAGUGAGAUAUGGCUUGGAAAGUCCAUGGGUUGAAAUUUAAACUCAGUAGGCAGUAUUGGGCAAGCGGCUUGCUCUUGUCUACAUUUGGGAACUUGAUGAUACUGACCCAUCUUAUAGGAAUUGUACAGAUUAUAAAAAGAUAAUUGUUUACAGUUUUUAGUUUAAAUCAUUUGUGUUACUACAGAUGGAAGAUUUUAUGCAUUUCUAAAGAAUUAGCACAGGAGAAAGUGCUCAGCUAAUAGAAUCAAUGUUGGGAGUCAGUUUCAGGUCUAAAUUGCCUUCAGAUCCAUUGCAAGUUGGAGAAGGGCAGGCUGACUGGGGGCUGACUGGUAGAGGGAGUUGCACAGAAGCAAGGUUGAGAGGAAAUAAAUAAUAAGGAUCUUAAAAAUGAUAACCCUACUUCUUUUAGCUAUUGUAAUAUUCUUGAUAGGGACUUCCUAGUUUCUGGGCAUUUAAUGUCUGCAGUGUAGUGUUUCCUGCAACCUUGAAGGCUAGGAACAUGCAUAGAAAAAUAAUCAACAGUAGUUAAACUGUUGCAUGGAUAUAGUGUCUAUGCAGUGUUGUUAAGAAAAUUUAACUCAAGUUUUAUGCAGUUUAGUUAAAGUAUAAUUGGUAUUAAAUGUAUUAAACAGCUUUCUUUUGAAGCAGUUUCCAAAUGUUUUAUUGUUGGUAAUUUAGUAGUCAGUGUAUGACACCAAGUAACUUAAUUCUUUGAUGAUCUCUUUUUACACAGGCCUUGAUGUUAAAAGUGAAGCAUGUCAGCGAUUUUUUCGAGAUGGGUUAACAAUCUCUUUCACAAAAAUCCUUACAGAUGAGGCAGUGAGUGGCUGGAAAUUUGAGAUUCAUGUAAGUUUGUUUUAGCUACCCAUGUAUCUAUUACGUCAACAACUUCACUAUGGUAAAAACUGGUUAAUUACCUGUGACACUUGUGAAAACUGUUGCAUUACUUUUACUAUAUAAUUCCUGUAGCUUAAAUUUGUAUGAUUUGAAAUAAAUAAUUUCAUGCAACAAGGGUUUAUAGAAUUUUCUUUACUCUGAUAAGGAGUUUCACUAUCAAGCAAGUUUAUAUAAAGUAUUUUUUUCUUAAUAGAGAUGUAUCAUUAACAACACUCACCGCCUAGUUGAACUCUGUGUGGCAAAGCUAGCCCAAGAUUGGUUUCCUCUUCUUGAACUUCUUGCAAUGGCCUUAAAUCCUCAUUGCAAAUUCCAUCUUUACAAUGGUACACGUCCCUCUGAAACUGUUCCUGCUGGAGUUCAGCUGGCUGAAGAUGAACUUUAUGCUCGUCCUCCAGACCCGCGGUCACCAAAGGUAUGUUGAUUUGAAAUUUUGAAGCAGCAGUGAUCAUUCUCACUUAAGACAUUUCUGGACAGUUGUUUUCUGGGGUAUUGGUUUGCCUCUUGGGUUUUUGCAAAGUUGGAAAAGUAAGAACCAGGUGAAGCAGAAACUGUACUCUCCCUGUUUCCUAGUGCAUUCUUAAUCAAGUCAUAAAAGCAGUAGACACAUAAACACGUGCUAUAGCCUGCAUUGUGCUUAGGCACAAAUCAGAACUAGGUAUCAUCUUAAAUAUUCAGCUUAAAAUGAGUUCUCUUCACUAUUUUCUGUCAGACUUCACCAUGGUUAUUUAUUAGAUCUGCUGUGAAACCUUGACUAAUGCUAAACAUGCUUCUGUCUUAAUCAGGAUUUGUAAACUAAGUAUCAUUAGCCUUAAUGUACAGUCGAACCUUGGAAGUUGAACGGAAUCCGUUCCGAAAGUCCGUUCAACUUCCAAAAUGUUCAAAAACCAAAGCGCGGCUUCUGAUUGGCUGCAGGAACCUCCUGCAGCCAAUCAGAAGCCGUGGAAGCCCUUUCAGACGUUCGGCAUCCAAAAAUAGUUCGCAAACCGGAACAGUCACUUCUGGGUUUGCAGCGUUUGCAAGACAAAACGUUUAACAACUAAGUUGUUUGAAAACCAAGGUAUGACUGUAGUUGCAAAUGUAUCAAAUCACAGGCAAAAAAGUUGGAGUUAAAAUUUGUGAAAGUUGCUAACUUCAUUGUAGUGUAUAAUUUGGUAUGUUUGUUUCAAGGCUAACUCCCUUGGAGCCUCAAGGUGUUGGGAAGUCUCAGUUCGCAUGACUGGAACUUCAAAAGGAGGUCAAUAUAGCUUUUGGCUGAGGCCUGUUAUGAUGACCUCCAUAUACUAAAACUGUCCCCCACACCCCAUUAAUCUGUAUUCACUUCUGGUUUCUAACCUAAAAGGAAAUCUUGUAUUAAUUUCUGUCAGAAGAUAACAGAUUACUGUGCAUAAAAGCUCUCUUGUUCAGAAAUACCUGUCUUUUAUAAUAGUAUAAUACUGAAUUGCUGGUAUUAUCACAACUUGCAAAAUAUUUUGAAAUUAUUAACAGUACACGAGAGGAUAAUCAUGGUUAAAGGAGUAUAUUUACUUCUAAUUGUGACCAAAAGUAGGACUUGUUCUUUGCAAUGUAAAUAUGUGUUGAUAGAAUGACAUGUAAAGCAGGAAAAAUUGUUUUGCAGGGUUGGCUAGUAGAUCUCAUCAACAAGUUUGGCACAUUGAAUGGGUUUCAGAUCUUACACGAUCGUUUUAUGAGCGGAUCAGCAUUGAAUGUUCAGAUUAUUGCAGCUCUCAUCAAGUAAGUCCUUUUUCUAUGUAUCAACUGAAUAACAGUAUCCCUUGAGUUAGUUUCUCUCUCAUCAUUGGCUUUACCACAGGAGCGCUGGGUGUGUGUGUGUGAGGAUUGAUGAAAAUCUGAUGCCCCAGCUUGUACAAGCAAGUGAGCAUUAAGUCUGAAUAAUAGAUUCAGGUCUUCUGGUUUCUUCAGUAGUGCAUGAGGAUGGAUGUGCUGCAGUUUUUAUUAUUUUUGUGAAGUAUAUAUACCCUCUAGUGUGAAUUAUUGUUAGCAGUUCUGAGCUUUUUUGAAAGGGAAGAAGAGAAUGAAAACAGUAUACUACUUUCUUUGAAAAUGCUAACCUAGGCACAUUCUGUUUAGCUUGAUUGCAAAAAGAGCCAAUUUAUUCAAAAAUAGAUAUUUUGUCAUUUAGGGUUUGCAGUCUAGGAGCAAAGAUUUAUAAAACUACCUUAAUUACUAUACAGAUUAGCUUUAAACCAUACACACUUUCAGAAGACCUUAAUCUUUGCUUUGAUCUAGCAAGCUCAGGUUUGGGGCAGGUAACCUUAAUUAGGAACCAUAAUGUAUGGGAAAUUACGGCAAUGAGACUGAUGAAAGCCAAGGUUUGUUGUGAGGUUUCAGAGUUUCCCCAGUAGCAGUUUGCUGUUGGAAUAGAAUGCUGGAACUUUGGUGAGCUGCGUCUGUUCCUGGUGGAGGACCACCACUCCAUUUGAACCUUCUACACCCUGUAUUGUUUCUUGUGUGGAAAAUUUGGCACAUCUGGAUUGUAAUGAGUUGGGGCAAGAGGAUAUUACAUAUACAGUAGGGAGUUGUCUCUGUGUAUUUUGCAUAAUUGUAUGUAUAAGCACCUUAGGAACCUUACCCCCAGUGCUCUUGGAAGAAAGAUACACACAAACUCAGCCAGAGUCAUUUUGCUAGCAGUUCAGCUCUUUGUAGAGAACAUUUAUCUUGAAUAGUAUGGAAGUGGUCAAGAUCUGGGAUGAAAUUAAUGAUGUUGAGACACAGCAAGAUCUUUUUUCAGUUAUUGACGUCCACUGUUUACACUCACAAAGGCCCUUGGAACAAUGUCAUGAGAUGUCAUUCUGGCAGGGGCUUCUGGGGCAGAAUGGGAGUCCAAGUGGGGAGAGGGGCACUAAUUUUCCCACAGUACCCUCUGUCAGUUUGACACUUUGUUACCAUAAAGCUGGCUUCCUCAAACUCGGCCAUCCAGAUGUUUUGAGACUACAGUUCCCAUCAUCCCUUACCACUGGUCCUGAUAGCUAGGGAUCAUGGGAGCUGUAGACCAAAAACAUCUGGAGGGCUGAGUUUGAGGCAGCCUGCCAUAAAGCAUUGCUUCAGUGGGUAGAGGGGACAUGGUGGCCACCAGGAGGAGCUCCAGUGUUAGUGGUGGUUUGGGGGUAUCCAAUUCACAUAUUGCCCCUCAAAAAUACCUGGAAACCACAACGUUCUUCAUCUGCUAAUGGGAUGGCAGAAUGUGGAGAGGCAUAAUAUUUUGGCUGGUAAUCAUUAACUUGCCGGUUUGUAAUUUUUUUUAGUAAAUACUGGUUCUCCUUAAUACUACUUUAAGCCUUUUAUACUGUUUUUUCUCUCUCCAGACCAUUUGGACAGUGCUAUGAGUUUCUAACACUGCAUACAGUGAAGAAAUACUUCCUUCCCAUUAUAGAAAUGGUUCCACAGUUUUUAGAAAACUUAACUGAUGAUGAACUGAAAAAAGAAGCCAAGAAUGAAGCCAAAAAUGAUGCUUUGUCAAUGAUAAUCAAAUCUCUAAAGAACUUAGCCUCAAGAGUUCCAGGGCAAGAGGAAACUGUAAAAAACCUAGAAAUAUUUAGAUUAAAAAUGAUACUUAGGUAAGGUAUUUUAUUUUAUUUUAUGACUACAGUGUUUUCUAUGUUUGGUAUCCGAUUCUGCUUCUCUUAUACAUACAUUUCUCCACAGGUUGUUGCAAAUUUCAUCGUUUAAUGGAAAAAUGAAUGCACUAAAUGAAGUUAACAAGGUGAUAUCUAGUGUGUCAUAUUACACUCAUCGGCAUGGCAAUCCCGAAGAGGAGGAAUGGCUUACAGCAGAAAGAAUGGCAGUAAGUUCUUUGAAUUAUAUCAUUGUAUCCGUUCAAAGCAUUUGUCUGCCUUUCUUUCCAGGAGAUGUUUUCCUUAACUUUGAUUUUGAUAUUAUUAUUUUACCUUGUUUUGUUGUCUAUGGACACAAAGUAGCUUAUGAGACAAUUAAAGACAAUAAGACAUUAAAAUGUAAGUAACAAACAAUCAAAAUAAAAACAUACACUAUUUGAUAAAACCAAACUCAAAACGACCCACUAAAAAGCUCAAUAUAUGGUAAAAAUUCAAGAACCAAAGACUUUGUGUAACAAAACCAUUUCCAGCAAGGUAUUUAAACCAAGGGUGGGGAACCUGUGGCCCUUCAAAUAUAGUUGGACUUCAACUUUCCACAGCAGCAUGGGAAAUGGUCAAGGAUUAUGGGACCUGUUAUCCAACAGCAUCUGGAACACCACAAGUGUGAAAAAGUGAAGGAUUCCACAUCCUUAGGGCAACUACUGAAAAAGCUAUGUCAUAAAUAGCUCAGUGGAGUUAAGACUUCUCUCAGCAUGCCCUGUGUACUUUCUACUCUAUGCUCAAAUUUAGUGGGGUUGAUGGUGGAAGUUUUAAUUUUAAUACUGCAACAUUAUGAGUUUGGGGUAGGGAAUUUGUGGCCUUCCAGAUGUUCUUGGACUCCAGUGUCCCAUCAGCCCCCAGCCAUUAUGACCAGUGAUCAGGAGUGGUUGAGAGUUGUAGUCCCACAACAUCAUGUUAUAGCAGCUGGAAAUGGUUAGGACAAGGUGCAGAAAUGGAAGGGAAGCACUGGGGAAAUGAGAAAAUGAACGGAUAUUGUGAGUUGUACUACCAGCACUUCUGGAAGUUGCUCUGUUUGCCUGUUGUUUAACUCAGAUAGGUAACCAGCUGUACUCGUAACUCCCAUCAACUGCAGCCAGCAUGGCCAAUGGCCAGGGGUUGAUGGGAAUUGUAGUUCAACAUCUGGAGGGCCAUAGGUUAGCCACCCCUGGUGUAACAAGCAUCUCCCUUUUGACACUUCUGUGAAAUGGCUUUUGAUGCUUCUGCCAAAUAGCUGGUUCUUGGCAUUACUUUUGGUAUCUGCUUACAUGCCUAUAUAGUAUAUUGCGCCUGAAUAGUGUAAAAUGUGGAAUUGCCAGUAAGUAGAUAACAUUGCUUAUGAAUAAGAUAAACUCUGGUGGUCAGAGUUGGACCCCCUGUUCCAUAUUGUUACAAAAAUAAGUGUGACUUUCAUUUUUUGGGCGCGUUUAUAAUGUGCUGCCUGCUGUCAUCUGAAAUUUUCUUUACCUUCUUAAAUUUAGGAGUGGAUUCAACAGAAUAAUAUCUUAUCGAUUGUGUUAAGGGAUAGUCUACAUCAACCUCAGUAUGUAGAAAAAUUAGAGAAAAUUCUUCGUUUUGUCAUCAAAGAAAAGGCCCUCACCUUGCAAGACCUUGACAACAUUUGGGCUGCACAGGUAGGGACUAAACAACUGUCACCUUGAGUGAGAGCAAUUUAUUUUGAACUACUUAUGCAUGAGUUGGAGUUGCUUAUAUUUUGUGAUACAGAUGUUAAAGUAUAAUUCAUCAGUCUGUCUGCAAAUACCAUAGUUUAUUAUGUUAUGUUCUUCUGUGGUGGACACAAACUUUUGGUUAGUUCACAUAUGCUGUGCUACCAAAAGAAGGAAGCUAAAUGUGGCACAGGAAGCCUGAUGAAUUAUUGGUGUGCUCUUUUUUCUUGGGUCAUCAAAUUUAAGAAGUUAAUCAUUGUAGGUUUUGCCUUUUGAUCAACCCCUGUUUCCAUUCCCUAUGGCAUAAACACAUAUGACUGAAAUAAUUGCAUAUUCUUUGAUUUAUCUUGCCUUUCCUUUCUCUGUUUUGUGUAUGGUAAGCUCCUCGGAGCAGGAAUUUAUCAUCUUGUUGCUCUGUGAAGUGCCAUGCACACUGAGAAUACCAUAUAAAUAUUAUUAUUAUUAAGUUAAAUGGGUUUAGUAGAUUGAGCUGACAUUGCGGUCAUAGUGCUAAUUGCCUGCUUUUUCAAACUUGGCUAGUUAAGUUCUAUUAAUGUUUUGGAACAGGAAGAUUUAAGCCUAGUGUUGCUGUUGCUCUAAGUCAGUUGCAAUUCUGAAGUGUAAAUUAAAAAACCCAAUUUUUAUUAGCUUAAAUGUUCAAAAGCAAAUGUGCAUUAGAAAUAUGAAGGAGUAUCAACUAUUGGCUGUACCUUUCUUUGGGAAAUGUAAUGAUGAUCUGUAAACUGAUCAUCUAGCCUCUUUAUAUAGAGUAUCGAUUUUGUAAAUAAAAAGCCCAAAGGGUUUUAAAGAAUAGGAAUUGAAAAAGUCAAGAGAGCAAGAGAUAAGUGCAGUUUAAAGUCUGAGGUAUUAUAUAAGCUAUCUUUUCCAACCUGCCAUAGAAAAAUGAGAACAGGAUGAGAACAGUGCUAGUUUUUCAAGAAUUGUUCUAAGGUCACUGUAAGUGCAGGUCAAUUCCACUUUGUAGGAUAACCUGUGCGGAAAUGGCUGUAAUAGAAAUUCAAGUCUCAGAAAAAUAAAGACAAUCCUGUCUUUUGUAGAGAUAGCAGUAAAUGGUGUUAACUCUUUCUUAUCAAGGCAGGAAAACAUGAAGCCAUUGUGAAGAAUGUACAUGACCUUCUUGCAAAACUGGCCUGGGAUUUCUCUCCUGAACAACUUGACCACCUAUUUGAUUGUUUCAAGGUAAGCAUACAUACUAAUUUGCUGUUAUUAAUUAGAGCAAGGGACAGCCUCAGGGUCAACAGUGGGAGUUCCUGGUAAUGAAGGAACUUUACUAUUCCUUCAUUGCUUUACUAUCACUGAACUUGGGGAUAGGCUAAGCUCCUCCAGAGUCCUGAGUUUUUUGAACUUCACCGAAUUGGGAGGAGCAAAUGUUAUGUUUCGUCAUGUGGAAAAGCAGCCUGUCAGUGCUUAGUGUGCAUGUUUUAGUGGGUGGAAGAUGAAUUUUCAAAGGAUGAAGGGGGUCAAGAAACCGUAUUUUCUGUCCAGUCCUCUGGGAUGUUUGGACUUAAAGUAAAAUUGAGGGCUCGUGGGAGAAUGCAACAAAGGAAGUCUUUGUUUGAGCAGCAGUUUCGCCAUCAACCACCAGGUGGUGCUGAAGUCCUGUAACGACAGCAGAUUUAUGUGCACACAGAUAUCCCCUUCACACUCAUGACCAAUGCUUCUUUUUCACCCUCUCAUAAUAGUAGAAUCCAGGGCCAUCCAGUGAAGCUAAUGAUGGGCAAAAUCCAGUGAUUCUAGAUGGGCAAAAUGAAGUAUUAUUUCACUUAAGGCAUAAACAACAGAAUUCACUCCUAGAAGGUGUAGAGAUGACCACCAAUUUGGAUGAUUUUAAAAGAGUAGGCAAAUUCAUGGAGGAUGAGGCCAUCAAUAGCUGCUAGCCAUGGAGGCUAUGUAUGGCAUCCAUUGUUGCAGACAGUACGCUUUUGAAUACCUGUUGCUGGUAUUCACAAGUGCAGAUUGUGCUCAUCUACUGUGUGUGAACUUCCCAUAGUCUGUUUGGCCACUUAGAAGUUGAUGCUGGUGUUGAUGGGACUUUGUCCUGAUUCAGUAGGGCAAUUCUUAACAAUCUUGGGUAACAAAGUAAAUUUUGCUUGGCUUCUGCUCUUCUGCUGAAGCAGGGCCAUGGAUUUAUUUUGAAUGGAAGAAGAGGCCUUUCUGUCUGACUUCCUAUUAUUUCCUAUUACUGUGAAAUGCAGUCACUGAACAAUUAAUAUUAUUACUGAUUACAAAUCCAUUCAAGUGAAGUAUUUGAAAAUGAUCUAAAAAUAGCUUAGUUCUUCCAGUUUUUGGUAAGCUACUCAGUGCUGACAUUCUAAUUGGUGUUACUGGAAAGAACAGUAGAAUUACUAUCCUAUCUUAAUUUGCAUUUUGACAAUAUAACUUAAUUUUAACACUUUUAGUAUUUCAAUUCACAUACCUUUGAUUUUCAGGCACAUUAAAAUAUUCUGGUGGUGUCCCUUUAUUUUCUAGGCAAGUUGGACAAAUGCAAGCAAAAAGCAGCGUGAAAAGCUACUUGAGUUAAUUCGUCGUCUUGCAGAAGAUGAUAAAGAUGGUGUGAUGGCGCACAAAGUACUGAACCUUCUAUGGAAUUUAGCACAUAGUGAUGAUGUUCCAGUUGAUAUCAUGGACCAGGCUCUCAGUGCCCACAUUAAAAUCUUAGAUUAUAGUUGUUCUCAGGUAAAUAUAUUCUGUUUGGUAGUCAUUAUCUUUGGGUUGGCUGACAUUAUGCUUGUGUAUUACUACAUUUCUCUCUCCUAGUUUGCUGUUAAAUAUGAAACGGUGACCUUGCUGUUGAAUUCUUUCAGACAAGGAUUGCAUCCCUGGUUUAGAGGGGUUAUGAAAAUCAUAGUUUGGCAGUUCAGAUGUAACAAGAAAUUGUUUUUGGUGAUGGAACUUAUUGAAAUUAGAGCAUAUGAUGAAGGGAACUUGUGAACACAAGGUUAAUUCAUGUAUGUCCCAAUAAUCCAUAGUCCCAUUGGUAUUAACACUGGGAUUUGAUACUAUAGUGGCAUUAAGACUGUUGUAUUAUUUUCACAAAAAUAAAGGAAGAGGGUAGAUAUCAAAAAGCUCGUUUCAGAUGCUACUCCUAACCAUGGCUUAGAGGAUUAUGAGCAAGCUAUGGGCUGGCAUAUGUUCUCCCUCCCUUUCAGCUUCACUUUGUCUUCCUCCCUUUUGAUUAGUGUUAACGAGAGCUUGCCAUGGUGUCCAUAUUAUUUAUGUAUUGAAUUUGUACCCAGCCCUACUCUCAAAAGGAUACCAGGGCAGCAGACACCAAAGGGAUAAAAACAAAGGAUAUUAGAUGUUGCAGGGGAGGGUUGGUCAUUGUCCUUUUGUGCUGUGUAUGUGAUGAAGGAGACCCAUAUUGGGCUGAAGGUGCCCUCCUUUGCUUCUACCUGUUCUCUUUUGAGUUUGUUGGUUAACUUCUCUAGUAGGCUGUUUUCUAACCUAAUGAUUCAGUUCCAAAGUAUUUAAAACAGGGAGCCAGAAAUGGAUAAACCACUUUAAAAUUACUUAAUUGUUGCAAGCUAAAAUAAAAAUAUUUGUUUUUUAAGGAUCGAGAUACACAAAAAAUACAAUGGAUAGAUCGUUUUAUAGAAGAGCUUCGCACAAAUGAUAAAUGGGUCAUUCCUGCAUUGAAACAAAUUAGGGAAAUUUGUAGUUUGUUUGGUGAAGCACCACAAAACUUGAGGUGAGACUUUAAUAUAAACUUUUCAUUUCUUUAAUGUGUUGGGCUAGAAAAAAGGGUACAUAGUUCCCAUAAUCCAUUAGUAUUGCUGAAAUAUAAUGGGAAAUAUUAAUACAUAAUGGAUGCAAUUCCAUUUAAGAUGGUUGCUGAUGACCCAGAUGGAUGGGUUGGCUAACUUUUCUAAUCACGUGACGGAGGCAGGAGAGCAAAGAACUCUGGGAGGCAAGCGCAGUCUCCUCAAUUUUCUCUCUCCUGCCUGACGAUCAGAUUAUUUCCCCCUGGUUCUCACUGGUCAUUCCUUUCAGUUAAAUUGGCUUAUGGCAUUCAUAAAGCUGAAGCCUAUAGAAGCCAGAAAAUUGGGAGUAACUCACUCAGUUGUCUGAAGAUGGAACUUGUUUCACGCUGAAUGUUGAAGACAAGAACUCAUGUCUUUGCUGUUACCUUGGGGUGAGGGCACUGUUGCCCAAUCACAAUUAUACUAAAAUACUGGAUUUUUUUCGGUGUUUUCUGUGGGAAGCUCUUGUCUUGGGGUAGGGGGAAUAAAGACUUAAAGGGAAAUCUGAAGCUUGGCAGCCUGCAUGAGUAUGUCAUUGCUAUGGUUGAGAGAAGUUGAGAUACAGAAUUUUAAUGCAUUCAUUGAAAAUAAAAGAGGCAGAACUGGGGAGAACUAAUUGGUCUGCUCAAGUCCCCAAACCCCUCUCAUAUCUAAGGGGAUUAGGAGCUUUGGGAGGGAGUGUGCAUAGUUUUGCAAUAUGGUAGCCAUUUGGAAUGGAUUGUUUGAAACUCAGUAACAGGGCUUGUAACACUUUGAUGUGUGUUUAAACUGCAGUCAAACUCAGCGAAGCCCCCAUGUGUUUUAUCGCCAUGACUUAAUCAAUCAACUUCAGCACAAUCAUGCUCUAGUAACUUUAGUUGCAGAAAAUCUUUCAGCGUAUAUGGAAAGCAUGAGACAGUAUGCUAAAGGUGAGUUAAAUUUAAUUUUGUCUAGCUAUUUAUUUCCUCUUUAUAUGCUGAAGGAAGUGGGAAAGUCACCUUCCACCUAGAUUCUACUUUAGGUAUUUUUCCAGACCCAACUGUACAUAUUUAAGCAAAUACGUGGGAGGGGCAGAAUUAUUUUAUUGGCAAUGCUGCCAAUUUUGUGUACAUUUGUGUAUUUUUACAAUAGCUAUAAAAUGUGCUGUGAUUGAAAUUUAUAUCUCCCACAUUUUGCUUAACUACUUCUGGAAAAGUUAAUUUCAACAUUUGCUGCAAAUAUGGUAUCUAAUAUUGGGUAGUUUCUGAUAAUUUUCCAAAGUAAUUUUGUUGUUGGAAUGUAAACUUUGCAUAUACCUUUCAAAUAGAAAAGCCAUCACUAAUUUUAAAUACUCUUUUAAUAGAUAAGACUGGAUAAGAAACUUUAUAAUGUAUGCAAUCCUAAGCACUUUCUUGGACAUAAUGGCACGUCCUUUAAAGAAAAAUUGAAAAGGUUUUGCUGUUGGAUUAAAAAAAAGUAUUAUAAUAUUUUGUAUUAAAUUUUCAGAGCAUGGAGAAUACGAUCCACAAACUGUAAGACCUGGGAGUAGAUACAGUCAUGUGCAAGAAGUCCAAGAACGUCUGAACUUCCUACGGUUGGUUUUAGUGAUACUUGCUUUACAUUGGGUGUAAAAGUAGCAAUCUAUGCUGUUCAAAAAGCAAAAAAUGAAUGCCCCUUUUUGCUAUCGAGAACAGCUGAUCUACAAAAUGAUAUUUGUCUUGUGGCUGAAUCUAUUUCUAGACAAGGUCGCAGUAAGGCACAUGGCUAGAAACAAGUUCCUCUUGCAUGCUCUUUAGUUCCAGGUCUUACCAGCUAGAAUGCACAAUCCCUUUAUUUGUCUCAUUCCCAUGUCACAGAUGAAGGCUCACUGGCUGCUUUCAUUUAUCCACAUACCAGCUCUCUAUUGCUCCUAGCGCAAGCACUGAUGAUCUUUAUUCUAACUAGUUGAGUUACUGCUUAAUUGCUCUGCUGCCCCCAAAAGAAUAGGGGCAGAGAGUGUACUGGCACACUUUUUAGUCUGAUACAGCUGAUGCAGACAUAUCCCUUGUUUCAUCAAAACAUGUUUGAAGGAGGAGGUUUUCUGAUGGUAGGACAGCAAUGAUAUGUGAUAACACUAGAAACCUUUCCAUAUACAAGGGAUUAGAAAGAGGCAUGCAGUACCUCGGUCAAGGAAAGAGAUGACUCAUGUGCAAGUUCUAAGUGUUCUUACGGUUUGAAAAUAUAGAGAAUUAAUAUUUCUAGCCAAGUGGCCAUUCCAUAGACAAGGUUCCUCACUUAAGUGUACUCUGACAUCCCUAUAAUAACUGCGCGCGCGCACACACACACACACACCACUUGGCUAAAAGAAAAAAGCCUUGAAUAUUAGGUGAGAUAAGACCAGAAUAAUCUACUAAGAUCAGAGCACACGUAUUCUUAACUAUGAUGGUGGAUGUUUUAUUUAACACUUCUGAAGAAGAUACAGUUGUAAUCAAAAGCAUAACAAAGCAUUUCCCCCCUAAAUAUUCGCAGUAGAUAACACCAUGAGAGGAACGGGAAACGUUCUGAUUAUGGCUGAUACUACUCAUGUUCCUUCUAGGUGUGAAACGUAUCAGCUGGGAUUAAUGGGGGAAGAAUACCUUUAUUUAUCCAUGUGUGACCACUGGAUAGAAGAAUUGUUCUUUGGACACAGUAGUUAGGCUCUGUGUGAAAUUCACACAAUUUUCUCUAUGCAAUUUGUACACAAUUUUCUUUACUGCUCUAUUCUGCUUUGGAUAGUUAUUGAAGCAUUUUUCUGCUUAUAGUACUGAGACAGAUGCAUCUACGGGAAAUCAAUAGCUGGGAUUUUUUUGUAGGACUGAAGGAUGUUCAGUGAAAUUGAACCUGCCAACUAGUCCAAAAAAGUACAUAAUACCUAUUUAUCUAGGCUGCUUGGCAUGAUACAAAGGCAAUCUGUUUGCUUAACUCAAAUUUUCUUUUAUAGUUGGGAUUCUAACAUCUUUUACCUGCUUACACAUGUCAGUACGUGACUAACAUUUGUGUACAGAGUAGUUGUGUGAAAUGUCAAGUUUAUAAUAUGCAUAUUAUUUAAUCCGGAUACCGUAUUUUUUGCUCCAUAGGGCGCACCUAGGGUUUUUUUGGGGGGGGGGGGGGGGAUAAAGAAUUUUUUCUUCUCCCCCCCCCCCCCCAGCCCCAAAGAGCAAAGAAGCCAAGACAGCCAGCGGGAUUCAUCCUCUUUAGCUUCCUCUUUAGCUACAUACAACCUCUCCAGCAGGGAGAUGCUGCGUGUGGCUUCGUUUUUAGCCGCAGGAACAGGUCCGGGAGCAGAGGCAAGGUUGCGCAGCCUUGUCGCCGCUCCCAGAGCUUGCAGGCUGGGGGAGCGCUCCGAAGGUUUGCGGAUAGCUGCCUGAAGCCCAGGGAGCGCAGUGGGAGUUGGCAUUGCGCUCCCCGGGCUUCAGGCUUCAGGCUGCUAUCUGCAAGCCUUCGGAGCCCGGUAGGAACUCCCGCCGGGCUCCGAAGGCUUGCGGAUAGGUGCCCGAAGCCUGGGGUGCGCAGUGCUGCGCUUCCCGGGCUUCGGGCUGCAGGCUGCUAUCCGCAAGCCUUCGGAGCCCACGGGCAUUCCCGCAGCACUCCGAAGACUUGCGGAUAGCUUCCUGAAGCCUGCAUUCGCUCCAUAGGACGCACACACAUUUCCCCUUCAUUUUUUGAGGGGAAAAAGUUCGUCCUAUAGAGCGAAAAAUACGGUAGAUUGUUCUCUUUUCUGUGAUUGAGGAAUAUUCCAGAAUGUAUGAAUACAUUGGAGAACAGUUGAAAACAGCAUCAGCUACUGAGUUUCAAGUGUUAAUUCAUAGAAUUAGAGCGACAUUUCUAAUUUUAAUGACUUCUUGUUUCUCUCUGUUUCAUGCUAGAUUUUUACUGAAGGAUGGUCAACUAUGGCUCUGUGCUCCUCAGGCAAAACAAAUAUGGAAGUGUUUAGCUGAAAAUGCAGUCUACCUGUGUGAUCGUGAAGCCUGUUUUAAAUGGUAUUCUAAACUCAUGGGAGAUGAACCGGAUUUAGACCCUGACAUAAAUAAAGACUUCUUUGAAAACAAUGUUCUUCAGUUGGACCCUUCACUCUUAACAGAAAAUGGAAUGAAAUGUUUUGAACGUUUCUUCAAAGCUGUGAACUGUCGAGAAGGGAAGCUAGUUGCAAAGAGACGAGCCUAUAUGAUGGAUGACUUGGAGUUAAUAGGAUUAGAUUACCUUUGGAGGGUAAGUGUAAAAGUACAUCUAACUUAUUCAAGUUGUAGUUUAUAGUAAUUUGACAAAAAAGUUGGUUUGUAUGGUUACGCCAAUAAAAUAAAAGUUCUGCAACUGUUAUUACAUGUGAGUUCUACUGUGUACUCCAGCUACACAUUGCCUAUUUUGAUACGCUGUGGUUUGUACAAAGUGCAAAAUCAGCACAUGGCUUGGUGAAAAACUCAUUUGAUGUUGAAUAUGAGGUUGCCACAGAUAUUUAUUCUUUCUAGUGCUGCUGCAGAAGUCUGCUAUGUCCAUGCAGCUACACAAUGCUUCCUGAGGUCAUCAUUAUAUAUGUGGAGUAUCAGGUUGCAACUGUGGCUUUGGCAGUUCGUUGCUGUCGCACUGUAAAAGGAGUGCUCUCUCUGUAGGAAUGGCAAUCAGCGUCAGGAAAGCUGCCAAUUAUGUAGUUUGCUCUCAUUUUCUUCCUCUGUUCAAUUAGUCCAGCUGUCUCACUACCCAAACUGGCAGAAGUAGUCUUGGGUGUAGGGUUGGAAAAUUCCCAGACUUGGUGAUUUCAAAAUCCAUGCUGACUUGGGACAUUAUGGCUGCCAUGGCAACCAAGGGGCUGCCUCAGUACAGAAUUGACCUGACAAAUAACAGGACGUAGCCUUGAUCUUUUAUUUACAAAAGGAUGACUGGUAGAUGGAUUGGUGUUGUAGGGCGGGGUAGGGGGUAUAUUUGCAUUACCCUGUUAUGGAGCAACCAUUUGACUUUAGCCUGCAAGAGUGGAGUACUUAAUCAGCAGCUUUGCUCCUGGACUUGGGGGAUUUUCCAUUUGGCAUUAUCUAGUGCUCCUGCCAAGUCCCUGGUCUCACAAUGGAAAGUGUCAUUGACACAAACACUUCUAUUUGUCCUUUGGUGCUAUGGAUCCCAAUGGUGCCCUGGUUUUCAAGGGAACUCCAGGGAAUAUAGUGAGUUUUAUAAAUGAAAAAUGACUGAGCACAGGUGAAAGCACAUAAUAGUACCUACUGUAUGCUGGUGAUGGAAGCUAAGAAAGCUUGCUUCUGUGCCACUAUUGCAUCCUCAAGUAGCCAUCCUGAGGGGUGAAUGGGCUAUUGAAAUCUAUUUUAUUUUUUUUAAUAUAAUAUUUAUUGGUUUUACAAAAAUUCCAAAAGAUACAAAAAUACAAAAAUUCCACAUACAAAAAACAACAAUAACAGUAACAAAAAAACAGAAAUAACAAUAUCCAUAACAAAGAAAGAAAAGAGAAAAAAAGAGAAAGAAAAACAGAAAAGUUUAAAAAAAUUUAUACCUUCAUUUGACCUUCUUAUCUUUCCCUAGUUCUUUGACUUCCGAAUGGGCUAUUGAAAUCUAGUUCUAAGGUACAGUUCUUGGAGAUGUGCUUUGAGAAUUCUGCAAGGCACUUGCAGGGUAUGGUUGCUCAUAUUUGUGCAGAACUUGGUAUCACUGUUAAUAUAGUUCCAGAGGAGGUGUCCAGAAAACAUUGAUGAUACCCAGCUCAAUUUCUCUGUAAAAUUGGAAUUGGAAGAAGCCUUACAAGCCCUGGACUGGUGCCUGCGCUUGGUGGUGCGUUUAUGUCUCUGAAUCCUGGUGAUACAGAGGUGCUGUGAAUGAGCAAUUUCCUAGUCUGGAUAAUUGGUCAAUUGCCUGCUUUGGAUGGGUUGUAUCCUCCUGAAGGAGCAGGUUCUUAGUGUGGGGAUGCUGCUGGACCCAUCUCUGUCACUAGAAGUCUAGGUGACCUCGGGAGCUAGGAGUGCAGUACACCAGCUUCAGUUGGAAAGAUAGCUGCAUCUGUUUCUGGAUCAUUGCAGCCCAACCACUGUCAUCCAUAUGUUGGUAACCUCCAGAUUGGAUUACUUCAAUGCAUUCUAUUUGGGGCUGCCCAUGAGACUGACCCAGUAACUGCAGCUAUGCAGCAGUUGGACUGUGGUGGAAUAUCAUUGUAUGACACCACUGCUGAAAGAAUUGCACAGGCUGCCAGUAAGCUACCAGACUAGGUUCCAGGUUCUGGUAUUGUAAAUCACAAUUGCUGGUCAAGUAAACCUCUAAAUGUUCAGAGCUGGCACUGCUCAAUCUUCUAAUGGGAGGCAACACUAAUUUACAGUUAAAACCCCUGAUAAGUUAUUUUUUACUAUUGGCCAGGCUUGUAAUGAGAUACUGGAAGAACUUGGAGGGCAUUUCUUUGACAGACUGGUACAAUAAUGUAUGGCAAAUAGCAUUUGGGGGAAAAUAGACUAAUAAAAUAAAAUUGGCACAAGGUUUGAGCCAUAAAAUUAUUUUGCAGCUGAUUGGUACAGCUUUGUUAUAUAUGUGGCUAAAACUGAAAACAUCAGACUCCCUUCACAUUAUAAAACUUUUUGAUUUGCAUAAAUUGUAUAUUGCUUUCUAUAUAAAUGGUUGUCUGGGAUAGGGCUUAUUACGUUCUUUGGAUGUUAUUUCUGAUGUAUUGCUUUAACUUCGUCUCAUGGGCUAGGGUGGGAAAAUUUAUUUUAUGUGUGUAUGAUGUUGUCAUAUGUUAGACGAAUCUAAUGACAUUUUUAAAAAUUGUAACUCACUUUGGGAUGCCUUAUGGAAAAUAGUUCAUAAAUGAAAUAAUAUUACUGUGUGUUGUAUCAAAGCCAAGAAUGGGUCAUAAGACCAUUUGCGGUAGAUUUUAUAUACAUAUUUUUGUCAAGAUUGCACUUAGAGAUUUUAUUCUCAUAGGCCAUAAUGCUUAAGUUAAAGUGGUAUAUGCUUUAUAUUUCUGCCUUAGGUUGUAAUUCAAGGAAGUGAUGACAUUGCCAGUCGAGCAAUAGAUCUACUAAAGGAAAUCUAUACCAAUCUUGGUCCGAGAUUGCAAGUAAAUCAGGUAAAAUUAUGAAAAAAAACCUGUUGUUGUUUUUAAAAAAUAGGUAGCAUUUACCAUUUUCAUUGAUGAAAAUCUCCUUCCUUAGUAUGCUUUGCUUGAGGACUAUUUUACAAAAGUAAAUCUUUGAGAACAUACAUUUCUUAUUUAGCUGGCUCUUCAUUCAAAUAGGAAUUCAUACUAACAAAUGGCUUUUAAGUUGUUAAUUGCCAUGUAUUUUCAUCAUUCCCAAAAUUCUGUUGACACACUGAAGCCUGUUAAAAAUACUAGUGUUUCUGGAAUCUUCUGCUCAGGAGUGUCAUCCGUGCAAAUUACAGAUGCAGGAUUAGUUUGUCUCUCUUGUGACCUUUUAUGUUGUUUUGUUGAGAUAUAGCUGUCUCUUGGCAUUUCUGUAGGUAGUAAUCCAUGAAGACUUCAUUCAGUCCUGCUUUGAUCGUUUGAAAGCAUCCUAUGAUACUUUGUGUGUUUUGGAUGGCGAUAAAGACAGUAUUAAUUGUGCAAGGCAAGAAGCGAUAAGAAUGGUGCGAGUGUUGACCGUUUUAAGGGAAUAUAUAAAUGAAUGUGACAGUGAUUACCACGAAGAGCGAACAAUUCUACCAAUGUCAAGGUUUGUGGAAAUUUCAAAACUUUGGUGAAUAAGGAUGCAAUAUUAAGUAAUUUUCCGAGUAAUUGUGGUGUUAGGAUUCUGCUAUGGAUCUCAUAUUGUGUAAAAAAUUUUAAAUAACAUAGCCUGUGUAAUAUAUUAGUAGAAUAUAUUAGUACAGUAUAUUUGUAGAAUCAUAAAUCUUAUAUUUCUGAUUUCUUUGCCACAUACAUAAAGGCAAAAGAUAAUCCAUUCAUUUUUUUGUGUGCAGGCCAUUAUACAGAUUAUAUGCUGUAGAUAACCUUUUCAGAUUUAUUCCCCUUUAGUCUAGCAAACAAGUAGAAGAAUUAUUAAAAAGUAAGCAAAAUUUUCUGAAUUCCAGUUUUAUUGGAGUGUUGUAAUCCUUUGAAAAUAAAAUAAAACUUAACAAGUAAAGUCAACUAUGUCAGCAAAAUACCACUAUUGGAACAAUUAUUAGGUAUUGUUCUAAUGUGACAUUUUGGCUGGCCUAUUAAAGGCAUUGCCCAAAUAUAAAUUUAGUUCUAUAAUUCUCCCUGGCAGUAGUAAAUGUUUUUAAAGAUUUUUGAUUGUUUUAAUUGGUAUUAUCUUUAUCUUUUUUCUCAGAGCUUUUCGUGGUAAACACAUCUCUCUGGUAGUUCGUUUUCCAAAUCAAGGCCGGCAAGUGGAAGACUUGGAUGUUUGGUCCCAUACAAAUGACACGAUUGGUUCAGUUAGACGUUGCAUUCUCAAUCGUAUUAAAGCCAACAGUGCACAUACAAAAGUAGAGUUAUUUAUUGGAGGCGAGCUAGUAGAUCCGGCAGAUGAUAGAAAAUUAAUUGGACAAUUAAAUCUCAAAGAUAAAACAGUAAGUACUGUAAAUAUCAUAUAUUGAUCAGCUUACUUAUUUUUGAAAAUUCUCUGUUGAAAGGUAAAUGAAUGCAUAAAUAUAAUUUGAAAUAAUGGCAUGUUUUGUGAGUAGCUAUAGUAUUAACAGUUUAAUAUAUUCAGUCAAGUUUGCUAUUAGAAAGAUAACUGUUUUAACAGUUUUGUACAAUCUCUCCAUUUUAUCACUUUCUAUUACUCCCCACCCCCCAGCUAAUUACAGCCAAGCUUACACAGAUAAGUUCCAAUAUGCCUUCAAGCCCUGAUAGCUCAUCUGAUUCCUCGACUGGUUCUCCAGGCAACCAUGGCAAUCACUAUAGUGAUGGUCCAAACCCAGAAGUUGAAAGUUGCUUGCCUGGAGUUGUAAGUAAAUAACAGACACACACUCAAAAUUAUAGACUGAAAUUUAUUAUCUGAUAUUAGGAGCUGGUAUCUCAUGACAGGUUUUUACUUUUAUUUUAGAUCAUGUCACUGCAUCCUAGAUAUAUCUCGUUUCUUUGGCAAGUUGCAGACCUAGGCUGUAGCCUAAAUAUGCCACCUCUUAGAGAUGGUGCACGGAUCCUUAUGAAAUUGAUGCCACCAGGUAAAAUUUAUUUUCAGUGUAUUUUCUAUUUAUAGAAAGUGAAAUGUAGAGCAUCUUAGAAGCUACCUAUACAAAACAAUCAAACUGCAUGUUUAACUAUCCAUGUUCAAAAUCAGUGUGGGGAUUCAUCAGUGUGAGUGUUUAAAAGCAGUAGUCAGAGCAAUAGUGCACACACUGUUGCCAUUUCCACUCCAGAAAGUUCAAAAGCGAGUAUCAAGCUGCUUUUCCUCAAACUGGUUUUGGGGUUCUUGGAAGACACAUGCUGAAAGAGGUGGUCAUGGAAAAUUUCUAGUGCAUGCCAUCUCUCCAGUUUGCAGCAGUGAAGCAAAAUGUGAUUUUCAAAGGAAAAAAGACAAAAAAUCUCCAUGUUCUUCAGUGCUAUCUCUUCCUUUUCAGUUUCAAUGUAUUACACUUUCCAAAAGUGCUUCAGAAAUCUAUAUUGUAUUCUCUGUGGGAAGAAACAUCUUUAAAUUGUGCUUUUAUUCCAGAUAACACUACUGUAGAAAAACUAAGAGCUAUUUGUUUAGACCAUGCAAAACUCGGAGACAGCAGCCUUAGUCCAUCCCUUGAUUCUCUUUUCUUCGGCCCUUCUGCAUCACAAGUGCUAUAUCUUACAGAGGUUUGUAAUAUCUCAUUUUUAAUAUUUUGAUAUUUGAAAAUUUUCUUCUAGUAUUAUUUUUACCCUGAAUUCAGGGAUCACACCCAAAUUACAGAGUACAGUGGUACGUCUAGUUGCGGACACGAUCCUCUCCAGGGUGCCGUUUGCACCCCGAAAAGUCCGCAACUAGAGCGGCGCUUCUGCGUGGAGCGCGAUAGAGAAUUUAUGCGCGUGCACGUGCGGCAAAACCUGGAUGUAUACACUUCCGGGUUUGCUGCAUUCGCAAGCCGAAAAGACACAACAUGAACCUAACGCAACACGAGGUAUGACUGUACUACAAGGCCUUCCCAUAGGACUGGAUUGUGGGGAAGGUUGCUCAUGGAGAAAAGAGCUUCAUCACAAAAUGUAAAGGAAACAAAUAUGCAAAAACCAUCCUCUCAUCUUUCAGUAUACUUAGUUUAAAAGUUUGCUGAAUUAUUUUUCCUGUUUUCUUUCUCCCAUUUCUUUCCCCCUUGUAGGUAGUUUAUGCCUUGUUAAUGCCUGCCAAUUUACCUCUGGGAGAAGAUGCCACUGACUUCCAGUACAACUUCUUAAAAAGUGGUGGCUUACCUCUUGUGCUGAGUAUGCUGACCAGAAAUAACUUCCUGCCAAAUGCAGAUAUGGAAACAAGAAGGGGUGCCUACCUAAAUGCUCUAAAAAUAGCAAAACUCUUGCUAACUGCAAUUGGCUAUGGCCAUGUGAGAGCUGUGGCGGAAGCUUGUCAGCCAGUUGUAGAGGGCACAAGCCCAAUGUCACAGGUAAUGUUAACUUUGUUCUUAAAGCAAAAUUGUAAAUGCUUUAUUGUGAUCUGAUAACCAGUAAAUAUUUAAAGUCUGAUAUUGACUAGUAUUGCUUAAUUUGUAAAUGGCUGUGGAAAUAUAUUUUUUCUCCACCAUGUUAAAUGUUUACAGUUGAAGAUAGUAUGUUCUUUCUUUAAAAUAUUGAAAAUAAAUUGUUCCAGAUCAACCAAGCAACUCAUGAUCAAGCUGUGGUGUUGCAAACUGCUCUACAGAACAUUCCCAACCCAACCUCAGAGUGCAUGCUAAGAAAUGUAGCAAUACGCCUUGCACAGCAAAUAUCUGAUGAGGUUAGUAUAGUUUUCACUAUUCCCUCAGUUCCUGAUUUAGGCUUAAGGCAGUGACUUGGGGAGUGGGAGAGGAGAAUCUGUACUUUCCUCAGCAGUUUCUUAUAUAUCCUUAAUGGAAGCCUGUCUCUAGUGUGCAACCUGACAAAAUAGAAGGCGCUUCCUUGGUGGCAUAUGGUCACACCUUAAUGCUUCCUGGUUCUGUAGUUGCUGAUUCGUAUCCCUGUGCCAGGAUACUGUCCCUUUUGAGAGGAGCACAUACUUUGCAUUCAGAAAUCUCAGUGCCGUUUUAAAAAUAUAUGGUAGUAGGUGAUGAGAGAGACUUUGGCUAGAGACCCUGGAGAACCACUUCUCAAGUUGACAGUACAGGGCCACAUGGACUUGGUAUGAGCUUCAGCCUCCAGUGCAUGAAUACAGACUCUCGUGGAUUCAGAUUUGUGGGAAAUGUAUUAAGUGUUUGCUUUUUUUACUCUUGCUCUCUAUGCUUCUUUCUCCCUGUCUGAAGUAAAAACAUUUGGAACAGUUAUAUUUGAUGCUAUCUUUCUAUUUUUAGGCUUCAAAAUAUAUCCCUGAUAUUUGUGUUAUUAGAGCAGUGCAGAAAAUAGUUUGGGCUUCAGGAUGUGGAUCAGUACAGCUGGUAUUCAGUUCAAAUGAGGAUAUUAGUAAAAUUUAUGAGAAGGUAAGAAAUCCUAAGCAACCUUUUUUCUCAAACUGAUCUUUGAUAAGGGCUAUGCUAGGAAAUUCAGACUUCAAGUGGCCUGUUUAGAAAUUGUAAGCAUUUUUAUAUGAUUUUAAAUAAUUUUCAUCUAAUAGAUUUCCAAGUUAAAGUGUUGAUAGUUACUUUGCUGGCACUUUUGUUGAGAGAAUGCCUUUAUAGCUUUUAAGAAAGCACUUCAGUGUUACCUCAUUGAAGCAUAACUUCGUAGCAGUCUCAGUGCCUUUUUACAGUCUCAUGUGGAUGGAGAAUUCUUGGGUUGGGGCAGCUGACUAAAAUGAUUUAAACAGUUCUAAUUUUGGUUCCUCUGUUUUGUUUUUUUCGGGUUGGUGUUGGCGGUUAUUUUAAUUUGGGUCUUCUUCUUCAUUUUUGUUGAUUUAUUCGUUUGUUUGUUGCUUUUAUAGGAUAUUUUGGGGUUUUUUUCAUUUUUGAUGUUUUGUUGCAUUUUUAUAUAUGUUGUAAGCUGCCCAGAGUGGCUGGGGAAACCCAGCCAGAUGGGCAGGAUAUAAAUUUAAAAAAUAUUUUUUAUUUAUUACUAUAUUCCCCCUGACUUUUCACUAAUGCCUUUCCCCUUUCACAUAAUUUCAGCACUGUGUCAGAAUUCAUGUUUGUAUGUGUGGCUAUAAAUAAUAUAUCAGAUUAUUAAUAAUUCCUGUUUCAGUUGUAGGCCUUACUCAGGCUGUAGGUUGUAGUAAGUAGAUGUUUGUCCUCAGUAUUGGUUUGUAUCUGAAGGGAACAGUUAAGAAAAUCAUUAGUUCUUCUUUCAUUCCUAUUUCAUGCUACUUAUUUCUGAUUAAUUUUACAGACAAAUGCAGGCAAUGAACCAGAUGCAGAAGAUGAACAAGUUUGCUGUGAAGCACUCGAAGUGAUGACCCUUUGUUUUGCCUUGAUUCCAACAGCGCUGGAUGCACUUAGCAAAGAAAAAGCUUGGCAGACAUUUAUCAUUGACUUGUUGUUGCACUGUCACAGCAAGUAAGUGGUUUUUUUCAUCUCACAGUUGCUGACUCCAGGUGGCAGCAGGUGACUGUAGAUGCCCAAUUCAAAGUACACUUGCUGGGCUGUGAUUUCAUUUGUAUAUCUCUAGAUCAUAAUGGCUAUCACUAUAACUGUGGUAUGGUAAUGUUUUUUAUUUUCAUUUUCUGAGCCAAUCUCAGGAGAUGCACAGGGGGGUGGGGGAAGAAAAGGCAAAAGCCCUUCUGUACAAGCAAAUGUGAUUGCACAGAGCUUUCACUGAUAGGACUGGUUAGGUCAAUCCCACCUAAUGAAUCCAGAUUUUCAGCUAGAAGCCAGAGGAGAGCAGCAACAAUCAUGAUGUCAUAAACUCUCAACAUUUCAGAUGAAGUGUGCCCACAACUGGCUAUGUCUUAUCUCUUAAAGAACGAUUCUCAAAUAUCUAUAUUUGUAAUUCCCCAAAACAUUACAGAUGUGGUGGACAUCCUUGAUUCUAAACUAUCAAAACCAAUUUGUGGGCUAUCAUAGAUUCCACAUUUAACAUUCAUCAGAAAGGACAGGUGAUCUCCUGUCCUUUAUGGAUCUGGUGUUCAGGCUCUUGUUUUUGUUUUCUGACAACUAAAUAACUUAUAAGUGCCGUUGCAUUUGGUCCUUUUUGGUUCAAGUGCCGUCACAAAACACAGCUUCACUUGUCACCCUUCUACCUCCAAGUCUGCAUGCCCACUGCUACUUGGAAAGACCCUCAUCUCCAGUGGUCUCUUUGGAAUCUGACAGCACCUUCAUAAUGUACAUUUCAAAUUAAAUUCCUCUUCCCUGAAUCCUAGGAACUGGGAAAGCAAUGACACUCCUGAUGAACAUGCAGGGAAACUGUCCAGCAAAUCUCAAAUAAGAUUUGUCUUGUUUACAAAGUAUCUGUAUUAAUUUGAUUUUUUUCUGGUUAAUUUUUUUCCAGAACUGUUCGUCAGAUGGCACAGGAACAGUUCUUCCUAAUGGCUACCAGAUGUUGUAUGGGACAGAGACCUCUGCUUUUCUUUAUAACUCUGUUGUUCACUGUUUUAGGGGUAAGGCAUUUAAAACUUUCACAUUGUUACUUACACUAAUGUCUAUAAGAACUUCCUGCAAUAGAUUUUUAUAGAUACUUUCCAAUAGCUCAGUGCAGUUAACAGAUAAUACUUGAAAUACAGAAAUUAAGAUAGGAUUAUGUAUUGCAUUUUCUUUUCCUUCUGAGCCCCACAUUCAGUGUUAUGAGCCUCAAGCAUUUUAUCACUGAUACCAGUGUCAUGAUUAAUUCUACAAUCAACUAGAGCUGUUCCUAGCUUUGAAACCAGGUCCACAAAUCGGUAUACACAUGAAAACAAAUCGGUGGUUUGAAUUGGAGCCCUUUGAUUUGCAGCCAAUUGAUGUAGAAAGAAGGUUGCUUUCGCAGUAUGGCAUUUUCCCCCUCUGUGCCCCCAAAAGUCCCUCUUGGGGGUUGGUGGACCUUCAUGAAAGGUCUGGAGUGUGUUGGUGGGGCACAGUGAGAGGCGGAAUUGCUGAAACUUGGGUUGAGGCAGCUGACAUUAACCUUGCUUUUGGAUGCAACCCAGUGGUUUUGUUAAUUUCUUUAAAUCUCCAAUUACAUUUAUAAUCUACAUUUUUGGACUGUUUGACAGAUGGCUAACCUGUGAUACUACAGGUAUUGUUGGACUGCAACUCCCAUCAGCUCCCACAUGGUCAUUAGUUAGGGAGAGCAUAGGUAAACUAUGAUGGCCACCAACUUGGAUGGUUUUAAAAAGGGAUUUGACAGAUUCAUGCUAUCAGAGCAGUAUGCACUCAGGUCAUUCUUGGGGGCUUUGCAUAGGCCAUCUGGUUGCAUAGGCCAACUGAGAGAACAGGAUUCUGAACUACAUUGGGGGUGUGGGACAUUGGUCCCACAGGCUAAUCUUGGUCUUCCAGGCAGUCCAUUUGGCCCUCCAGGUUUCCCCCCGCAAAUCAUGACCACCCACUCAUCAGCCGUCAUCACUAGCAAUGUCAGCAGAUAGGUGAGAGGGCAGGAUUCAAUAUUGCAUUAGUUGUACGAUCCUGGUCCCAGCAGACAAGAGGAUCACAUUAGGAUUUAAUCUCCACACCAGCUAAUGAGCGAAGAGUAGAGAUGGGAGCUAGAUCCAUGUAAUAUAAGGUAUUUUAAAGGGAAAGGUGGGGGGGGGGAGAGAGAGAGAGAGAUAGAUCUGCAAAGGUUUUUGCAAGUCUCCUCCCCAAUGUCAAGUAAAGGCAGUUUCCUGGAGAAGUCUCCAUGUUGUCUUUGCUUGCAAGACCCACCUCUCCCUUACAUGUCAAGUGAUGGAGAAGGGAUAAAGAGGUCGCCACUCUUGUUUUAAGAAUCAUUCUGUGUUGCUGUUAAUGUAAACUACCUUUUCGAAUUUACUCAUGACCUCUUUCUCUUACAGAGUACUGCACGAGAACGUGCUAAGCAUUCAGGGGACUACUUUACUCUAUUAAGACAUCUUCUUAAUUAUGCAUACAAUAGUAAUAUUAAUGUGCCCAAUGCUGAAGUUCUGCUUAAUAAUGAAAUAGACUGGCUUAAAAGGAUUAGGGUAAGUUUUGUUGUUAGUUUUAUUCAUUUUACUGAUUUUUUUAUCUGUUAACAUUUAUGUUUUAGCUGCCAUGUUUAUAUGACAGAAAGGUGGGAGCAUAUUUGUAAUGAGUUGUAGCAGUAUAUAUUUUAAUUUUAAAGUGAGUUCCCAGAACUCAUGACACAGCGUUUUUUCUUUCUUUUUCUUUUCUUUUCUUAGGAUGAAGUGAAAAGAACAGGAGAAACAGGUGUAGAAGAGACUAUCUUGGAAGGUCACCUUGGAGUAACAAAGGAAUUAUUGGCAUUUCAAACUCCUGAAAAAAAGUACCAUAUUGGAUGUGAAAAAGGAGGUGCUAAUCUCAUUAAAGUAAGUAAUUGUUAUAUGGAAAAAACUAAAAUCAUAAUGAAGUAGCUUGGUAAGGAGGAACUUGUAAACAAACAUAUAGAUUUAAUUAAAUUUGAAUAAUUUUUAGGAGACCAGGAAAUGGUUUUUAUAGAAAUGUAAGAAUUCAGUCCAUCAUAAAAUUGCUUCUGAUAAUCUUGUGAGAAACCCACUUUUUAACAAAUCAAAGGCAAAAGUGAAUGAUGGAUUAUACUGUGAGAUAAAGCUGGAAUUCAGAACUUCUCAGUUUAAUGUGAGGAAGGACUUCAUUGAUGACUUGUCCCUUUGUACUGCCCAGGGCAGGCAGAGUUGCAUGAUUUAGCAUUACCGUACAGUAAUAGAUUGGCUCAAUUCAGUGUGCUACUCAUUGUGGGUUUUUUAAAACAUUUCCUAUGAAUUUUGAUCAUGCUGGAGCAUGGCUAAAGGAUUGGAAGGGCUAGGAUUGGGUGUAUUGGGUAUUAUUGAGGGCGAGUGGGCUGUUUCUUAGACUCAGGAAAAUGGUGCUAGGUUUCCUUUUUGCCUUGGAAUCCUUGUUCAGGCUUCCGUUCCUUCUAGCAGUUGACCCCCAAAGGUUUAAAGUCAUGAGACAUUUUGUGGUGGUAGGUAAUUCUGGUUCAGGUAUUGCCUGUGUGAUAGAACACAUUUUUCUGUAUGUGUUAGACGAGCCAUUGAGAUCUUUGGAGGGGGCCCUUUUCCGAGUGCUGCUGGUGAAUGGGACCCAGGCAAGGGCCUUCUCAUUUGUGAUGCCCUUCUUGUGGAAUUCCCUUCCUCUGGAGGUGUGUCUAGCAUCAUCAGUAAACACUUUGACACUCUUCACUCGGGCUUUCUUACUGGAUUUUGAAUCUUUCUGAGUUGUAGAAUAAUCUAUUGAAUUGUACUGUCUUGCUAUUGUUUGAAGUUAUGAGAUGUGUUUGUAAUUUUUUAAUGUAUUUCUCAUUGUGUAUUUUAAUUAUUUAUGUGUUGACCACUUUGCUGUUUUGAAUUAAGAACAGUAUAUAAAUGGCAAUAAAAUUAUGGAUAACUUGAUUUUUUUCCCCUUUCCCUUUUUUGUUUUUCAGGAGUUAAUAGAUGAUUUCAUCUUUCCAGCCUCGAAUGUUUACUUACAGUACAUGAGGAAUGGAGAAUUGCCCGCUGAGCAGGCCAUACCAGUCUGUAGUUCCCCAGCUACCAUUAAUGCUGGAUUUGAAUUGCUAGUAGCACUUGCAGUGGGCUGUGUCCGAAAUCUCAAACAAAUAGUAGAUACUUUGACUGAAAUGUAUUAUAUAGGCACCGCAAUAACUAGUAAGUACUUUUCAUAGAUUUUAUGCUAUAUUUAAUAUGAAGCUUAUAUUGAUUUAAAUAUUUGUCAUGCUUUAGACAUUAUUGGAAAUCAAAUAAUUGCAUUUCCUUUUUGCUUUUCCAAAAUGGUAUUUUGUUUGAUAUCGAAUGUUGUAGACCCAUUUGAAAUCAGUGACAAGUAACAAGUCCAUUAAUGUCAUUGUGUAUUCUAAUUGACAUUGGAUAUAAUCAUUUGUCUUUUCCUUGAAAUAAUUGCCAGAUAUAUUAAUUAUAAUUCCUAAGAUGAAAUGCAUAGAGAAUAGUAUCUAUGGUUGGGAUGCAUGCUUUGCAUAUUGAAGCAGUUCCUGUAUAGACAUAGGCAUUUGUAGUAGGAUUUUGCAUUUCAGUAAAGGAUAUUACUGACAUCUGAGACUGCUUCAGAGGUACCCAAUGGUCUAAGGUUGUUGUGUGUGGGGGGUUUUUUUGGGGGGAGGGGCAGGGAAAAUACAUCGAAGGAGGUGUUCCCAUUGGUGCAAAGACCCACCAUAGAUCUUUGAAUCCUGUCCCAUUUGUUUACAGGCCUAGUAUAAGCAAGCUAAUAAAUUGAUUUACAAAUCUCUCAAGAAUGCUAGUGAUCUCUAAAUAGUACAGUUAUUUAAAACAGGAGUAGGCAGUGUAGUGUCCAAAACACUUGGUGGGCACCAUGUUGACUAUCCCUGAUUUAAGGGGUACUCAAUUUUUAGCUGCUUUUUAUUGUACGCUUCAUUUUGAUUAAAUGCAAAUAUCAAAUCUGAGAUUUUGUGUGCCAAGGACUGGAAUAAGAAUAUAUACUUAGUAAGUCUCAUUGAUCACUGGAACAGGCUUUAAAAUGAACUUAUUCAGUACUAGAGUAUUAAGGUAAUGGCUGUUCAGCAGUGUAUAGUUUUAUUCAGAAGCUGAGCUAAUUUUCUAAUACAAUUGAUUUCUCCUAGCUUGUGAAGCACUAACAGAAUGGGAGUAUCUUCCACCUGUUGGACCACGACCACCAAAGGGAUUUGUAGGGCUAAAAAAUGCAGGUGCCACUUGCUACAUGAAUUCUGUCAUUCAGCAGCUGUACAUGAUUCCUGCCAUCAGGAAUGGAAUCCUUGCAAUUGAAGGCACAGGAAGUGACGUAGAUGAUGAUAUGUCUGGAGAUGAGAAGCAAGACAACGAGGUAACACUAUAUUGUUCUUGACAAAUUCAAAUGUAGUAGCUUUAUACUGUAUACCUAGUUAUAAUGGGAGAUAUUCAACUUUACACAUACUCAGAAUUGAUAGAUGACUUAAAGAGAAAUAAAAAGGAAUUUAUGGCCUCUGGGGGCGGGGGAGACCAUAAAGUGAUACUGUUUGUGAAAACCGGAGAACAAUUCCAAACUGGUGCAACACAAUAGAAUGCCCACUAUCAAAACAAUUGAUAUUGCUAUAAAUAAGCAAUCAAAAGUUGGUAGUCCCAUGCUGCUUCUUAUUGUUUAAUUAAACACAAAGAUCUCAACCCGUUGGGUGACACCCAAGUAAGGUCAUACUCAGAGUAGCUUGAUUGAUUUCUGGAACUAUUCUUUAAUAAUGUUAGUGGUACAUUUUAUUUAGCUUUUUUAUUAAUUAAUCUGCAAUUUUUUUUUACAUAGACAGCUGUAGAAAGCGUAAUUUCAAUAAAAUGUAGCAAUUUUUGAAGAAUUGAUGUGCUAGUUUUCUUAAGCAAAAACAGUCCUACGACACCUUAAAGACUAGCAUAUUGAUUACGGCAGAAGCUUUUUGUUAGUCUUUAAAGUGCCAUAAGACACUUAUUAUUGUCAAUAAGUAACAACAAUAACUCUUUGGUGGUUGUUAUUAAUUAAAGUAACCUUUCCCUCUUUUCAGUAUAUGAGAUUUAGUAAUAAAGGUCAAUUAUAAUGGGUAAAGGGAUAAACGUAUAAUGACAAUAAAUCAUCUUGAUUGUAUUUACUCUGAAAAAAGAGUAAAAAUAAAUAAACCAUGAGGGCUGCUUCCCAUGAGUUUUGUUUUUGUACCUGAGUAUAGAUGUCAACAUACAUAGGUGGAAGCAAGUGGGUGCAAUAUGGCUUUCUAGUCCUUUGAAAAGCCUCUCACAAGGGUAGGAGGAGCUUCCUAUGCAUGGCACAGUCAUGGUGUUUUGGACUUACUGAAAAAAGUAAUUGGAAAAGACUGAUGUAUGUUUCAAUAUCUGUAAAAAUCACAAGCUGAACAAUCCUGUUGCUUAUGUCUGAGAAUCUUUAGGUUGCCCCCCCUGACUUUGGAACUGGACUGCUUUAGUUGACAUUAGAACCUUCAUAGGGUUUCAUAUGUACUUGCAUUUAAUCUGAGCUACUACUAUUAUUUCUCUAGCAGACAUUAUUAGGUUCUGUUCAUAAGGCAUAUUAAUUUCUAUUUAUUUUUUCAUGCUUACCAUUUAUAUUGCAUUACUUUUUUAAAAGAGCAAUGUUGACCCACGGGAUGAAGUAUUUGGCUAUCCACAUCAGUAUGAAGAUAAACCAAGCUUAAGUAAAACAGAAGACAGAAAAGAAUACAACAUAGGCGUCUUAAGACAUCUCCAGGUCAUCUUUGGUCACUUAGCAGCUUCUAGGUUACAGUACUAUGUACCCAGAGGGUUUUGGAAGCAAUUCAGGUAAAUAGGAGAUUAACUUACGUUGAACUGUGUUUAUGUGAAGUCUUGUGAUAGAAACAGUUUAUGUUUAAUGAAAUGCAGUGGAAUUUAAUAUAUACUCCUUAAGUGACAGUGUGAUGUGUAUCUUUUUAAUCAUGCAGAAAGCAAGAAAAUCACUGUAUAGAUGGGCUAGUUCAGACAUGGGCUGAGUGGAAGGGCCAUAGCUGAGGGGUAAGAGCACCUGCUUUGUAUGCAGGCCCCAGGUUUGAUCCCUGGCAUCUCCAGGUACAGCAGGGAGAGACCUUGGCCUGAAACCCUGGAGAGCUGCUGCCGAUCAGUGUAGACAAGUAUGUUAGAUGGACCAGUGGACUGACUCAGUAUAAGGCAGCUUCCUGUGUUCAUCUGUGUAGGGUGUAAAUAUCGCGGGAGCAAGCAUUUACCCUCCUCUACAGUAGGCAAAAGUCUUCAGUGUGAAAUGGAACUUACACAUUUCUAUAUGAGCAAGCCCCACUCAUGAGAGUGGUCUACUGGAGGAGGAGGUGGCUGGAGCACUUGAGUAAGAGCCCAUGUUUCAGGCCCAUGUAAACAGUAAUGGGCUCAUAUCUCUACCACGCUGAACAUUUAGCCUUUUUAUAUCUGAACUAGAGCAGGGUCAUUUCCCCCCAGUUUCAGAGUUCAUCCAGUUUUGAGAAUACAUUUCACAUCGCCCCUCCCUCACCUCAAUAAGGGGAAGGCAGUGCAAAGUGAUUUGUCUAUCGGAGUUCAUUUUGUGGUUCCCCAAAUGGGCACCGCCAGUCUGCUAUCUGUGUAUGCUGAGUGCCACCCCGAGUAAGCCAGAGUACUAGGUUACGUAUUUUACGAGCUGUGCAGCACUUAUGAGGAUUGCUAGCCAGUUGUAAUGCUCAGCUUAUAUGAAGAUAAAUUUAUAUAAUAGUGAUGUAAACUACUUUAAUUUUUUCAUGCUACUUGAUUUUGCUGUUAGAAACUCUGUGUGCUUUUAUUAUGAGAAUCUCUUCCAUCCUAGACUCUGGGGUGAGCCUGUAAAUCUACGUGAACAGCAUGAUGCUUUAGAAUUUUUUAACUCCUUGGUGGAUAGCCUAGAUGAAGCUUUAAAAGCCUUGGGUCACCCAGCAAUGUUAAGUAAAGUUUUGGGAGGCUCCUUUGCUGAUCAGAAGAUCUGUCAAGGCUGCCCACAUAGGUAAGUGUUUCUUCUCUAUCAUCUCAUUUUCAUAAAAUCAAAGUAAUAAUGGGCAUCCACUAAAAAUAUGCUACAAGUCUCCCAUUUAUGGAAAAGUACAGAGACCAUUUAGGAGUGGUUCAUAUUAGCAAGUUACUCUAAAUACAGCUGAUGCAACAUUCUGAGCCAUGUUGAGGAAAGUUAUCAACCAAAGUUUCCAAAAAAAUUUCAGAGUCAGCUCUAUGAUAGCAAGACACGCAUUUUCUGAUGUAAUUAAGACGGCAAUCACCAGAUGUUACAUAUCAGUUAUAUAUCUGAGUAUAGCCUGGUUCGUGCUGACAUCUCCAGAGAAGCCUAGGCAACUCUAUGGCUAUAGCUGCUGACACUCAAGGCAACAUGCUUUUGUGAGCCCACACUUAACGUUUGUAAUUUGUCAUUUGGUUUGACAAGAUGGACUUGCAACAAAAUGAUGCAGUAUGGAGCAGUCCUCUUCUGGUGCCAGCCAGACAUGCCUUUUUCCAGGAUACUUCAUUCUGUAAAAGAUGGUCAUAGUUUGUGAUCUUAUUAGACGUUAUUAAUUCAGGUUUUUUCCCCCCUGCCCCUUAAAGAGCUUUGCCCUAAAGUCAUUUUUAGAGCCUGUAAUAUCUCCCUAUUGUACAUGGAUUGUGCUGUUUUGGUUACAAAAGGCAACUGGAGAAUGAAUUUGUAAUAUGAUCAAAAUAAAUAUGGUACUAUAUCUUGAGUGAAAUUUCAAAAUGCUUUUUUGAAAGGUGAUGCUGUGUAAAUGUUAAAUAAUAGUGAAGCACUCUAAAUGUUCCUUAAGUGUAUUCAAAAUACUAGACUUUAUGAUAUUUUACAUUUUCAGAUUAAGGUGUACAAUACUCCCUACCAAAGUUUAAGUCCAGAUUCAGAGACUGACUUGCUGCUUGUUCACACAUCACAGUUGUGGGUACUGAUAGGAAGGUCUUGGUGCUAGUCAUCAUCCACUCGUUUCUAUUGCUAUUUUUCAGGACUGAUAAAGUUGUGCUGAGACAGUUGAGAAAAAAAUGUCAUAAGCAUAUUUAUAAUCUCUAUGGAACAGAUUUCUUGAGUGUUUUGUACACUUAAAAUACACAUUUUUGGUACUGUUUUCAAAACAUUGCUUCAGGAUGAAAAUAUUUUCUUGAAUUCAUACUAUUGCUAUGUCAGCAUAAUUUAACCUAAUCUGCCAACAAUUAAUAGGUACGAAUGUGAAGAAUCUUUUACAACGCUGAAUGUAGAUAUAAGAAAUCACCAAAACCUGCUUGACUCCUUGGAACAGUACGUCAAGGGAGACUUACUGGAAGGUGCAAAUGCAUAUCAUUGUGAAAAAUGCAACAAGAAGGUAACUGAAAUACAGCUUUUUUCUUUUUUCUCUUUCUCUUUUUAUUUAAAAAAAAAAAACCUUUGAAAAUUCAUAUGAACGUGUCAACUAUUUAUUUAAUUUUGGAAGACCUAAUGCAGGCAUGGCCAAACUUGGUCAUGUUAGCUAGGGAUAAUGGGAGUUGUAGUCCCAAAACAGCUGGAGGACCAAUUUUGGCCAUGCCUGAAACAUUUUAGAUGGCUUCAUUGUGUAGGAGAACUGAGAGUUACAGUUACAUACUUCAUAACCACAAUUCAGGAAGGACUAUUAAAGCUGCAAACCAGUCUUUUCAGUAUUAUAUCAAAUUUGUCUGUGAUAUGCAAUGCAUAAUGUAUUGAUAGUUACUUGGUAUAUUAUAGCACUUUGACAAAGAAUUGUGGCAGUAUUUUUCACUUGCAUUUGUAGUUGGCAUUGAUAAUUUACACAGAUAGAAUACAUUAACAUGUGAAUCUUUUAUUCCUUAGGUUGAUACAGUUAAACGCUUGCUAAUUAAAAAGUUGCCCCCAGUUCUUGCCAUCCAACUAAAACGAUUUGACUAUGACUGGGAAAGGGAAUGUGCAAUCAAGUUCAAUGACUAUUUUGAAUUUCCGCGAGAGUUGGACAUGGAACCUUAUACAGUGGCAGGAGUAGCUAAACUAGAAGGGGAUGAUGUAAAUCCUGAAAAUCAGCUGAUACAGAAUGAACAGUCUGAAAAUGAGCAUUCUGGAAGUACUAAAUACAGACUUGUUGGUGUAUUGGUGCACAGUGGUCAAGCCAGUGGUGGACAUUACUACUCUUACAUAAUUCAGAGAAAUGGUGGAGAUGGUGAGAAAAACAGGUGGUAUAAAUUUGAUGAUGGUGACGUAACAGAAUGCAAAAUGGAUGAUGAUGAAGAAAUGAAAAAUCAGUGUUUUGGUGGAGAGUACAUGGGAGAAGUAUUUGACCAUAUGAUGAAGCGCAUGUCUUACAGACGUCAGAAGAGGUGGUGGAAUGCUUACAUUCUCUUUUAUGAACGUUUGGACACAGUAGACAGAGACAAUGAACUAAUAAAAUAUAUUUCAGAACUUACAAUGACCACUAAACCCCAUCAAAUUAAAAUGCCAUCUGCCAUUGAGCGAAGUGUACGGAAGCAAAAUGUCCAGUUCAUGCAUAACCGAAUGCAGUACAGCCUAGAAUAUUUCCAGUUCAUAAAGAAAUUACUGACUUGUAACAGUGUCUAUCUAAAUCCUCCUCCAGGUUAGUGUUUGGAUAUUUAUAAUAAAUUUUGACAAGAGGUAGUGAAAGUACAUAAGUUUUAACAUUUCUCAUAUUUUUGUGCAUCAUUUUAAACAUUACAAAUUUGGAUAAGAGACUAUUGUUCCUCAGGCAUUUUCUAAUAUGUAAGAGCGAUAGAAAAGACAAGGUUGCUGUUUCCUUGGUAUUAAGCAUUAUUUACAUUUAAUUAAAAAACGUAUUUGGCCGAUAAAUGCAACAAAAAAGAUACUGCUUUCUAACUGAAGUGCUGUGGUCUAUAAGUCCAACCGUUUUAUAGAUCACAAGAAAAAAUGUUUAGCAAUGCUGGCUGACAACUUAAGUUUGAGUACUGAAUUCUCUUAAAUAUCUUUCCUGGUUUUUUUUUAAAUAAAAUUUAUAUACCACUUAAUAUAAAAAGAAAUCUCUCAGAGGUUUACAUAAAAUAUAAUAAUUUUCUAAUAAUUUAAGAUUUAUAUUGAGACUCAGGUUGACAAACAACUUGGAAUAAUCUGUUGUAUCACUUUCAAAUAAAUGUCUUAACAUUUUGUGUUCUGUUUUUCUUUAGGACAGGAUCAUCUACUGCCUGAAGCAGAAGAAAUAACCAUGAUUGGUGUUCAGCUUGCUGCUAGGUUUCUCUUUACCACAGGAUUUCACACAAAGAAAAUUGUCCGUGGUCCUGCCAGUGACUGGUAUAUUUGCCUUUAAGAAGAAUUUGACUGUCAUAAGUUUUAUUGUACUGAUUAUAUGGUACAAUUUAAUCAUUCAAAAUGUGAAAUAACAGUGCAUUGAAACUGAGCCUCAAAACCACUGUUUCUAGUAGUUUUUAAUUUUGUUAAAACUUGGGUUAAUAAAGAAUCCUGGUUCAUAUUAAUCAUGGUUAACAAAGCUCCUACUACUAACAAUGCAGUGCUGGAUUUGAAGUGUCCACCUUUAUACACAAGUCUGUCUUCUGGGUAUGUGAUGCCGUUAAUUUAUUUUUUCCCCAGGUAUGAUGCUUUGUGCAUUCUCCUUCGUCAUAGCAAGAAUGUACGUUUUUGGUUUGCGCACAAUGUCCUUUUCAAUGUUUCAAAUCGCUUCUCCGAAUACCUUUUGGAAUGCCCUAGUGCUGAAGUGAGGGGAGCAUUUGCAAAACUUAUAGUAUUUAUUGCACAUUUUUCAUUGCAAGAUGGACCAUGUCCUUCACCUUUUGCUUCACCUGGACCUUCUAGUCAGGUAUGCUUUUUCUACAGUCAGAAUACAAUAGUAGAGAGCUGUUAAAUUCUAUAUAGUCUAAAUAUAAAUUGAUAUAAUAGAAUUUUUGUAUAAGGGUGGCUUAAUUAAUCUCCAUUUAGCACAGGGUGGGGAACUGUUGGCCCACAAAGGUUUUUUAUGUGACCUGCAAACCCCCAACACAUUUUGUGGCCACAGAAGUGUUGCUGCUUGGGCAAGGAAACACCAUUGCUCACUGCUUCUCCUCCUGGCUUCCUCCACUAUUUUUGCAAAAUUUAAUUGCUCCUUGCUUUGAGGCACUACGUGUGGCUUUUAUUGUAAUUCCCAAGUUAACCGUCACUCGAGGAGUAUUCGGUGAUAAUCGCCAGUGCUCAGCUAUCUUUAGACACCCAAGCACUUGAGAAGCAGCCGUUUCAUUGGGAACUGUAAGAGAAGCCAGCUGUACCUUACAGCAAGGGACGGGGUGAGAGAAGCCAGACUCUUGGAAGUUUGGUGGUGAGGGAGUUGCAACCCUUGGGCUCAAAACAAUUUCCCAUCCCUGGUUUCAGAAUUAUUUAUUUAUUUGGUCUUUCUGCUGUGUUCUUGACUACCUUCCUGAAGGUUAAUGUUUGAAUUGGUCUCAUAUUUAGCACCCCUGCCUCUCCCAGCUUAAUCUGCUAAGUAAUGUGUGAUACAUUCCUCUAUUAUUCAGUAUAGGAUAAAACAUUUUAACCAAAGAAAUUUGAUACAGUGAAUAGUUCAGGAAUUGAAUUUGAUAUCAUUAGUUCUGAUAAUUAAACAAUAAAAGUUGCAUUUCAUUCUGGGUUUGAGAAUUUAUGUUCAGCUGGUCUUUUAACAGGCUGCAGUGAAGCAGCUUUACAUGUUUAUUAAUAAUAAUAAUAAUAAUAAUAAUGUCAUCAUCCUUUGUGUUGUUUUAUAGGCCUAUGACAAUUUAAGUUUGAGUGACCAUUUGCUGAGAGCAGUACUGAAUCUUCUUCGAAGGGAAGUGUCUGAGCACGGGCGCCAUUUGCAGCAAUAUUUCAACUUGUUUGUGAUGUAUGCCAACUUAGGUAAUGUGAUGUUUCACCCUAAAGGCUUUGUCCAUGUUCUGUCAGUGCACUUACUUAAUAGUCUUGACUCUUGCCCAUUGAAUGCUUAAUGAUGCGGCACAAAUUGUUAUUAAUAGCUUAAAUCAGUGGUUUUCAGCCUGUGCUCUGGGGAUCCCUUAAUGCAGGACAGUCUUCUCUGGAAGACAGAUACCCACCACUACCAAUUUUUCCGUGAUCCCACAGCUGCAAGGGAAAAGAGUGUUGGUUGGUUUUUCCCCAGAGCUAUUCCUCAGCAGACAAUUGAUGCGUUCUUAAUCUUGUUGAAUCAGAAAGGUUUUGAGUGAUUCUGGCUGGAUUGUUGAAGGCAUGGAGUAUUGUAUUCACAGUAAAUGCCCAUUUAUGGAUUUCCAAAUGUGAACAGUUAUCUGAAUAUUUUUUGUUUAUAUGAUUCAGUUCAGUAGCUUAAAUGUAGCUAAGUAUGUUUUCAUUAUUCUUCCUCUUUUUCCAACUUCCCUUUAGGUGUAGCAGAAAAAACUCAGCUUUUAAAACUAAAUGUACCUGCCACAUUUAUGCUUGUGGCACUGGAUGAAGGCCCAGGUCCUCCAAUCAAAUACCAGUAUGCUGAACUAGGCAAACUCUAUACUGUGGUGUCCCAGUUAAUCCGCUGUUGCAAUGUGUCAUCACGUAUGCAGUCUUCUAUCAAUGGUACUGUUAAUUCUGGAGCAUUUAAACAGAAUAUAUUUGUGAUUAAAUGUGUGUGGCAGUUUAUUAUUCAUCAUAGCAUCUCACUAAUCUUUUGUCUGUUACGCUGGCCUGUGUUUACUUAAAGAUUUGGAUAAGUUUCAAAUCAUUAAAAUACAGUAAGCUCACAACUUACACACGUUUAAGUUGUGCUCGUUCAGCUUUCCAUGCUUGGCAUUAUUUAAAGAAAAGAAAUUAGAAAGGAGACUGGCAUCCAGGAGAAAAGACUUUGGCAAUCCCACCUGCCAUUGUAACCCAAUGUGUUUUGACUAUACUUGAUUUUUAGUUUAGGUGUGAUCACUGGAAUGUAACCUUCCAUGUAAGUUGAGGAUUUUCUGUAUUACCAGAACUGUAUGUGCAAAGGUUGGUUCUCUUAAAUGUGUCUAGAUGUGACACAACUAUUCCAUAUUUUGGUAGUGCAAGUUAAGCCUAUUCCAAGGGAAGUCUUAGAAAAGCCUUGUUUAAUUAUACAGGCUUUGAUUUUUCACUAAGGAAUACUACCAAACCCCAUGUUUUACAAAACCAGCCGUAAUGCUUUACAGUGAUCAUAACUGUUAUAUCAGAAGUUUAAUCUGUAUCUGUCAGACUCGGCCUAGGUGAAUAUUUAUAGAAUAGUGAUUUUCAUAAUCGAACAAGAGACAUUUCACAUAUGUAUGUAAUGUACUUCACAUGUUCUGUGAAGUAAUUAAAAAGAUUACAUUAAAUAGUACCUUGUUGGUUUCUGUAGUUCAAAUAAAAAAUAAUAUAACAACAUUUCUUUUUAGGUAAUCCUCCACUUAGCAACCCUUAUGGUGAUACUAAUUUAUCACAGCCUAUAAUGGCACUUCAGCAGAAUGUGGCAGACAUCUUGUUUGUGCGAACUAGUUAUGUGAAAAAAAUAAUUGAAGACUGCAGUAACUCAGAAGAGACCAUCAAACUACUUCGCUUCUGCUGUUGGGAGAAUCCUCAGUUUUCAUCUACAGUCCUUAGUGAACUACUUUGGCAGGUAAAAAAUGAUUUGAAAUGUCAGGAAAGGUGUGUUUUAUUCAAGAGGUUGAUGUGCAGAGGUUAUUGUCCCUUGAUUUUCAUCCUGUUAGUCUUUAGAGUUGCAACAAGUAGUGGUUACUUUUAAAAAAAAGUGACCAUCAGAGAAAAUGAAUUCUCUUUCAAUGAUAAAGCCUAAUUUAACAAAUAUUUCCUUGGCUUGCGGCAUUGAAACGAAAGCUCAUUCAUAACAUAAUACUGUACCCAUUCAGUUAUUCAUAGCAUGAAUUCUCCUGUACUACACACUUAAAUAAUCAUUAAUUGCAUGUUAAUGUUUUCCUCAAAUUCCACUUUUUAAAGGUUGCAUAUUCAUACACAUAUGAACUUCGACCGUACUUGGAUCUCCUUCUGCAAAUCUUGCUAAUUGAGGACUCUUGGCAGACUCACAGGUUAGCACUUGGGUUUCUUGUGUUUUUGGGAUCUGCAUUUUUUGCAUUAAUAAUGUGGUGCUUCUGUGUGAAAGUCUUUGUAAUUGUUUCAUGGAGACAGAGCAGAUUUCAGUUGCCUAGCUGUUAAUUCCUUGGUUCACCUAUCUUCUCUGAGAAUGCACUAGGUGGUUCUGGAUAAAGCAUUAUUCUCUUCUCUUCCCAUCUGUUACAUGGGGGUGAUAAUACUGGUGUACCUUCUUUGGCGAUCACUCGUAGCCGAGUAAGAUUGUCUUCCGUGAACACAGUCUUAACAGUGAGUCCAUAAGUGACUGGGGGAGCCAAUUCUGGAUCCACACAUCCUUCCACAGGGGGACAUAGGUUUCUGGGUGGACGUUGAUCAUGGUGGCAUACUUUACCAGGGAGAAGACAAGAAGGACUACUGAGAUGAGGGGAAACUAUUUUGAGUACUUGGGAAAACUGCUAUAUAAACACUGAGCCUUAAUUAAAUUGGUUGACUGUUCUAUUUUGCGUGAAUCAAUCUGCUAUAAAAAUCAUUCAGGCUAUAGCUCAAAAGGAUUUUUAAUUUUAUUUCUGUAGGGGAGUGGAGGGAGUUUAUGGUAGAGAAACAGCAGCUGGGUUCAGGAAAGCUUAGGCAGAAAUGGAGACCUGAGGUCACUUUGCAUGGGCCCUACAAAAAAUCUGGUACAGGCCAUAAUGGUGAUUACCAAGUGAGAAAAUGAACACAUUCUGCAUAUUUAGAUGUCAGCCUUUUAGAAGAGGGUGUGAAGAAGUAAAUAAAAAAUAUCACUGACAGUGCUUCACAACUACUGGUACUCUGUAACGAUACGGCAAGAUCCUAGAAGAGAGACAUUCCAUCUUGUUAUGAGUAGAGGGAGCAUGCAUCUCCUAAGAUUGUGUACACCCACAGUUUUGCAAGUACAGACACUGAUUAUCUGGAUCUGCUGGGUCUGAGCUUGUGCAACAUUUUAAUGCUAGCCCUUUAUGAUGCUGACAUUUACAUGCAUGUUUAUAUGUGUGAAAUUCUGACUUUUUGGUGUGUUUGGGAUUCUCUUAGGAUUCACAAUGCACUUAAAGGAAUUCCAGAUGACCGGGAUGGGCUAUUUGAUACCAUUCAACGCUCUAAGAAUCAUUAUCAGAAAAGGGCUUACCAGUGUAUAAAGUGUAUGGUAGCUCUUUUCAGCAACUGUCCAGUAGCCUACCAGAUUUUACAGGUAAUUACUUUUAUCUCAAGAAAAAAUUACUUUCUCUAUUUUUCUAAUGCUAUGAAGAGAAGGACAGGACUGAGCCAAGUUUAGUUAUAAUAGAACUCUUUCUGCAGAGUCACUAAGAUAAAGCCAUGGUCUUGUACAGUGGUACCUCUGUUAUGUACUUAAUUCGUUCCGGAGGUCCGUACUUAACCUGAAACUGUUCUUAACCUGAAGCACCACUUUAGCUAAUGCCCGAUUUCUGUUCUCAUCCUGAAGCAAAGUUCUUGACCUGAAGCACUAUUUCUGGGUUAGCGGAGUCUGUAACCUGAAGCAUAUGUAACCUGAGGUACCACUGUAUAUUUUAUCCAAAUAAAUUGGGGAAAACACCACCAAGAGCAAAUGUCUAUUCCCUCAUAGAAAUAAAAUUAGAACAGAAUUGUAGGAUUGGAAGGGAUUAUCGAGUCGAACACCCUGCAAUGGAGGUAUCUCAACUAAAGCAUCUAUGACAAAAUAGAACUGUAGGGACGUUACUGGAGUAUUUUUUGUUUGCUUUGGUUUUUUGUUUUACAAAAACCAAGAGUAAUGAAUGGGAAACUAUACACCCCGUUUAAAAAGCUGCAUUGGACUGAGGUGUGUUUAGAAGUAAUUUUAAAAUAUUGAAUGGCUUUCUCCCCCCCCCCCCAUCUUUUCAGAGUAAUGGAGAUUUGAAGAGAAAGUGGACCUGGGCAGUAGAGUGGCUUGGAGAUGAGCUUGAACGUAGGCCAUACACUGGCAAUCCACAGUAUACCUAUAACAAUUGGUCUCCUCCGGUCCAGAGUAAUGAAACAUCAAAUGGCUACUUCCUAGAGAGAUCACACAGUGCAAGAAUGACCCUUGCAAAAGCUUGUGAGCUAUGCCCAGAGGAGGUAAGGAGUGAAUUUACAACUAAUGUUGCUUUGGCAUUCUUUGGAAGACAAACAACUUGUUUCAUAAAAUUCCUGAUGGAAAUAUAUGUUAGUUACAUAGUUGAAGUGCUAGCUGCCACUAUAAGAUUUAUGAGUUAUUUCUAGCUUAGUGAGACUUCGGAACUCAUAAGUAGACAGGAGUUAAGUCCUCCACUGUACCAAGUGCCCCCAGUUAUUACUGUGAAAGGCAAGGGAGAUUGAGCACUCCUCUGGCCACAGCCUCCAAACCUGUAAUUCUUAAUAUAGCAGCAUCUACUUCUGAGAGCUGUUACAUAGUAUAGGAUUUAGAGAGGUGCCUGCAGAAGGGCUUGGCAGAAGCUGAAUUUCUUUCUUGAUCCUUCUCAAAAGGAGCUUCUUCCAAGUGUCUGGGUAUCCUGAUUCAUUUGGAGUGGGAGAAUCUGUCCAGGUUUUUCUUUUGGAGUUCCUCCCUAAGGCUCCAUGUCAUAGCCAACCAUAUAUCAGAGUUGCCCUAACCCUCAAAAGAGGCUGGGAUAGUGGGCAGUGAUGUGAUGGAAGCGGCAGGGUAGUCAGCUUCCACCCACACAAUUCUGCAGGAAUUUCUCUGGGUCCAAUCAAUUGCCAGAAGAAAAUAAGGGCAAGGAAUUUAAAUGUGAAAAGUAGUUUAUUUUUUGUUUUAAUGGGCAAUUUUCAUUUUUAGGAACCAGAUGACCCAGAUGCCCCUGAUGAGCAUGAGUCCUCUCCACCAGAAGAUGCUCCAUUGUAUCCCCAUUCGCCUGGUUCCCAGUAUCAACAGGUAAGCAGAGAAUUAUCUUUAAAACAUGUCAAUUCAUUUUGGUAUCCUUUGAACUUUUUGCUUCAGCUUUUAAAAAACAUAUUGCCAGUUUUAUUCCUUUUAGAACAAGGAUAACUUUCACAAGAACAUCAUAGAAUGUGAUUCAGGUAGAGGGGCUCUUCCAGCAAAGUGUAAUUAGCAGACAGGGUUUUUUUGGUUUGUUUUUUUGUUUUUUAAGUAUCUUGUGAAUGCCCUCACACACAACCAUUAUAUGGGAACAAUUAUCUAACUUUUUUCUCUGUGAGCCAGCAAGCCAACUUGAAUCAGCUCACAGGUGCAUCCAGAGAAAAACUAAAUUCCCCCAAUAUGACAUGUCCAUUGAUGCUUUGAAGACCACUUUAGAAAACAACCUAUACAUUGUAAAAUGCCUAAAAUUUCACUUAAGUUUUGCACACAGUGAUCUGCUAAUAGAAGUUUCUGAACCAGCAUUGAACCAGCCCUGCUAUAGUUCAUGUAUAACACCAUGUGACCUUAAGUUGCAUGUAUGUAUAUCUCUUAAAAGUUAAGUGCCUUUGUAAAUGUAGUGCUAACUCCAGAAAGCUAAAAUUGUAAUUAUCUUGCAUUACCUUUGUAAGUCAUACAUAACCAGUAUUUGUUCCCUUUCCUUUCCUAAAUAAUUAAUUCUAUAUCCUUAAUCUGUUAAUUUCCUUUCCUGCUCAUUUUCCUUCAUCUUGCUUUCUUUAUCGAUGUGUUCAGCAGAGCAGUUGGUAAGUGAUAUAGACCCAAUCUCCUCAAAGUUGAAACACGUUUAACCACCAGCUCCCUUAUUUGUUAGUGUGUGGUGUCUUCACUUUCUCACAAGAGCUGGCUUUUUUCACCUCCUAACAUGCACAAUGGCUACAUUUUAAGUCCAAUUUUAGGUUCAUAGUUGACCCAACUUCACAUUACACAAAGGUACACGAAUGUUUUACAUCUGCCAGUUUAGGUGUGUUAACAGUUAAAACAGACAUAUUUGACGAUGAUCACCUCGAAGUCAUUUUAUUAAGUUUGACACAAGAAAUAUACUGUCCCUUUGGAAGAAAGGCCAUUCACAAUUACCACUUCCUGCUUCUGUGUACUAAUUAAAACUUUCCUCCCCACCAUUCCAUUUCUGAAGAUUUGUUAUGAGGACCUUCACAUAAAGCUUCAGCUUUUGCAUGAAGUUGGAAUUAAUUAACUGUAACCUUGACCUUUCCAUUUCAGUGCAAAUUUAUCUGUUCUAUUUUUAGUUGGCGGUAAGUGUAAGUAGCUCUCUAGUUGUGAUUUAAAAAUAUAAAUUAUUGCUUGCCCAGUUCCCUGAGCUACUUUUUUGGGGAAAUAUAGAAGUCAUUCUUAUCACGUGUUUUGUCUCUUCCAGAAUAACCAUGUGCAUGGACAACCAUAUACAGGCCCAGCAGCACAUCAUAUGAACAACCCUCAGCGAACUGGCCAACGAGCACAAGAAAAUUAUGAAGGCAGUGAAGAGGUUUCACCGCCUCAGACGAAAGAAUAGUGGAAAUGCACAUAAUUAACUUGCCCCAUCAAGACUGUGCACCCAGGCCUUACAGUCCAACUUUUCUCUGUGUCUGGCUAAUAUUUAGAAAAACUAUUCCUAAUCAACAUGGAGUGAAGAGUCUAUUCACUGUCUUAUCUGCAGAAAUUUGCUGUCAAUAUAUAACCUGCCUGCAGUGGAAAGUGUAUAGUGUUUUGUAAUAAAUGGCCUGAUGCUAAUGUGUAAAUGGCAAAGGUGUAUAUAGUAUAUUAAUGUUUGACUGUUAAUUCUUAAGCAAGAAACAUUUUUUUGUCUUGAUGAGACUCACAGAUCUACAACAAUUAAUUUCUUGAUAUAUCCGCUGCGCUCUACAACCAGUGUUGCCUGCCUAAUGGCAGUUGGAUCAACUUCUUUCCCCAAAAAAGUAAGCCUCUCCAUGUCAACCAGAAAAAUAGUUUCAUGUUAAUUCUUUGCCACUGGAGUCAAUUUUACUAUGAGCAACGUAAUGACUGGUAACCUUUUAAUUAUUUGGUUGAUGUGGAAAAUUGGUGAUGUAACAUUGUUUCUAGGUCUUUUUUCAUUGCCUUUUUCAUUCUGGUAUUAGGUUAAUCACUUUGAAGCUAUAGUUAAGCUGUAACAUUUAGCAUGGCUUCACACCAGGUUAGUGUAGCCAGUGAGGAAAGAAAAAUUACAGUUGUCCCAGAGUGACAACUGUGUUGUUCAGAGCCUAUUCUUCUGCCACCUAGAAUAUAAAACAGGGAGGGGAGGGUUGGGCAAUGUGACAAACAGGUGGUUUUCAGUUGCACAUAUGUUCCUCACAUCUGAUGUUUGACAGUUUUGUCUCUGGGUGGGAUAAAAAAACACUUAGUUUUCAGUAAUAGGAAAUUAAAAGAUUUAAAACAAAUAUGCAAAUUUUUGCUAUGCCAGGAUGCCUGGAGCAUAAUAGACUGUAUUUGGUGUGCUUGUUUUGUUUCUUUGGUAGAGCUUAUUUGAUAAACUUCUAACACUUUCCUUUCUACUGCAUUGCAGUGAAGUGGAAGUCAACAAAAUCACACAAUACUUGUGAGUGCCACUGCACCAAGUUAACUUGCUGGUUUUCUGCUCGUUCACAAUUCUACUUGAAAACAAGAAUUGAAUCUUAGCUCUUUGUCCAUGAUAAGAGAAAUCGAAACCUUAGAAGCAGAGUUUGAUUAUUAAAAAAACAAACAAACUACUGGUUAGUCAAAUACAAAACUGAGGUAUCUCUAUUCCAGAGUAAACAUUUGUUUAAGGACUUCAAGGAAGACAUCAGUAAAUACUGUAUUUAAAUUAAAAUUGGUAACUUGAAUGUGUGUAAUUAUUUUGGAAUCUGUCGAAAAACCAAAUACCCCUGCAAAACAGAUACAGCCCACCCUAUACUAUUUAAAUAUUUGCUGUUUUAUUUUAUAGAAAUUAUUUUGCUGAAUUCACAAAUAGAAUUUGAUUUAAGAAGACCAUUUUUGUCCUGUGGUGUGUGUGUGGUUUUUUUUUUUAAACAGACUGCACAGGUAGUUGAAUUCUGUGCACUAUACCGAAUUCUGGAACUAAAGUCGCAUUGAGAAUUGGUGAACAGAAAUUUGACCCUUGACAAGAAUAAAAAAGGAAAACUGUAAUAGUUUCUUAAUGUGACUAUCUUGUACUUUUUGUAUGUUUUAUAUAUACAUAUAUAUUUAAUGAGCACAAGCUUGAAGGUAUUUUAUACAAUUGAGUUAAUACAAAAAUGCUGCUUAUCAAACUGAGGAUUUAUAGUUGAACAAAGUGAGAAACUCACAAGUGCGUUCUUUUGCAUUUAGUGUAGUCUUAAACCAUUUUUAAAUAUUCUAUGUAGCAGCAAUCACUUUACCCUUCCAGAUUUUCUCUAGUAUUCAUGUUAAUUGUUAUGUUUCUAACAGCAGUUAAUUGAAUUGGUUGACAACGUUUGAGUGAAACAUUCCCCAUGUACGGGGGUAUGUUUAGUGUUGACUUAAAUCAAAAUAUUAGCCUGUUUUGUAUUAGAGCUGCAACAGUUCAUAUUUCCUUAGACCAGUAAUUAUUGUUAAAAAUGUUUUUUCAAAGACUAUCUUUCUAUACAGGAACAUGGAACUUGUUACUUUGGCCUUGGAAAAAUGAUUAGUGUCAAGUGAUUGUGAAAAUACUUUUUCUUUUUCUUUCUUUUUUAAACUUACUUUCACAAGGCUAUGACAAAACCCUCCUGGAGAUAGUUUUCAGACAACUACUUAGGAGGUAUUGCGGGUUAUCUUUUCCCCCUGGAAGAGAGACUCCUGAGACUAUUGCCUCUUUAAAAUUAAUGUGUAGCAGAAACCUGAAAAAUCAUUUUCUUCCUUCUUGGCAAAACAUCUCAUUUAUUCAUUUUAAGUGAAAAUGUUCUGAAUAAUAAUUAAUGCAUGCUUCUGUCAGAGUUUUGGCAGCAGUCACUUUAAAGCUGUAAUGUAAUACCUCAAUAUGAAUGGCACACAUUAAAACAAGUCCUCAAAGUGCCUAAAGGUUUAAUUUUACUCUUCUGCUAAUUAUUGAAUCCUAAUUUUUGUUUGUAACAGCUAAUGGGAAAUCCCUGUCUUCCAUAAAAGCAAUCCAUCCAACAGUAAUCCUACAUUUUUCCUAAUCAUUUGACAUUAAAUAUAUAGAAACUGAUCACCCGUAGGAAAAGUUUUUAGUGUGUUUGUAUCAGAAUGUGUUUGUGUAAAUAGCUUCCUUUGCUUUACCAGAAGCAGUUCUUUGUGCAAAUGAAUUUUUGCCACUGACUUCAGUGAGCAAACUUUAACGUUCUGUUUUUGUGUUAGCGCUGGUAAAUCACUCUAGUUAAGGAGGUAUGCAUGGCUUCCAACUUGCUGGGUCUUCAUUACAUAUUGUCACUUUGGGGGAGCUUUUGAAUGCUGAAAGUAAUGGGAGCCUCGGUUUUCAUUUAAAAACUAAUAGAUUUUAGUGGUUGUGGAAACAAAAGUAUGGCUGCAGUGUCCACUGAAGAUUCAAAAAGCAAAAGAGAAAUAAAAAGAAUCCAAAAUGGAAUUUUAAACCUC